ACAUUGGUUAGUCAUCCCUUUUUCCGAGUAUAGACGAUCUUUGUAUGAGGCUGUAGUAUCUGCGUUGAAGAAAAGCUCCUCUCCCACUGGCUGCUAUGACCUAGCUACCGGACGACACUUUCUGAUUUUUAGGACUGUCCGCUGCGUUUGAAAUACCUUUUGUAGCAUUUUUUGGCUACUGUACAUUGAAUAUAGGGACGUUUAUGGUCGCAGUGCCGCGACUCUUUAACCAUAGCUGCUGGCCUCUGAGGCUAGCUGGCUAGCAGUGUAGUGAGAGAGUGGAGCCAGCUGGUCAGACUGAGGUACAGUAACGAUAGCGAACAAGCUAAUUAGCAAGAAAAGACUCAGUCUGGAUUAUUGUGUGUAAUCAAAGGGAGCGUAAGACAGCGGGUUUACUCACUGCGGCAAAAUGAAGAUAACUGUGGAUUUCGAAGAGUGCUUGAAGGACUCCCCGCGGUUCAGGUGAGUGCUCACAGUCGACUCCUCUGUCCGGUUCGUGGAUUUAUAUUUAUCAAUGGAAAAGUACUUAGCUAGCCGUCUGCUAACCUAAGCUAAUCGGCAGUAACUAGCGAGCUGUUUGCUGCCUGCCACUUUUCUAUUUUUGUCACUAAGAAAGCUGGGGCCAGCUGGGGAGGAAACCAAACACAAACUCCCUGACCAGUGUGGUAAGCUCAUAAGAGCAGCAGCAGCAAGCUGCUCCAGUGCCAGCUCUCGGCACAUACAUUAUUUAGAAAUGGGUAUAUAUACAUAUAUAUUAAAAAUAAAUGCACAAAAUCACAUUGUGUACUAGCACCCUUCAUUUGCCAUAAGAAUACAGAAUGACUGCAGAGCACCCAGGCUGGAGUUAAAAUUGUCCCAGCACCAUACUUGAGUAUUUGUCUGAAAUAAAAUGCUCCUUUCUGCACACUAGGGCUGUAACUUACAUUUAUUUCCAUCAUAGUGUGGUCAGUUACUUUUUCAAGUCAUUUAACAAUCUUUUAGUUUAUGAAAUGCAGAAAAGAAUUGGUAGGAAACUUUCAGAUAACAUUUAAUCUGAUAUCAAGGAGCACAGGAAAAGUCACAUUUCAGGUGCCAAAUAGGGCCCGACCGAUAUGGAUUUUUUGAUGCCGAUACCGAUUGUUAGGGGGGGUGGAAUCCGAUUACUGAUUAAUCGGCCGAUUUUUAAUUUUUUUUUAUGAAGUUAUAAAACAUAUAUAUACUGUAGAUAUAUUGUAGGCUACUGAUCAAACUCGGACCAGAAAAGCCUUUUCAACUACCCUCCCGCCGCCUUCGAUCGGUGCCUCCGCGUCUUAACUUACGUUACUCAUUUCCGGUCCGGUCUCAUCUGGAGACAUACAGCUGCCUCAGUAAGACAAGUAGCUCGUUCAUGUAAUGUGUACUGUUGUUUAUUCUACCGUUACUGGCAUGGCUAACAGUGAAGCAAGGCUUAUAAAAGAUGGCUAACUCUUUUACUUUCCAUAUUACAUGGUGAUUCACCGCUAACUCAGCAUGACCGAGACAAGCACAACGGGGAACAUCGUGAAGUGGGUUGAACUGAAACUUGUUGACUGUGUAUUUCACAAACUAGUUUAUUUACCGUUGAGGCGGACAACUCUCCUGCGCGCGUCCCUGAGCUGCCUGCUUCAAAUCCGUCACUCUGCUGUGCUGUGAGGUAGUUAGUGGAUGAAGAUUGUCAUGAGGUCCCUGCGCCAUCUACAGGAUAAGUUGGGGGACUUUUCAAAUGGCGGAACAUUUUCGAAGUGAAACCAAACCUUAUUCUCCGCAUUUUAUUUCUAUAAAAUAUCGGUGUAAAUUGGCGAGUUUUUGGCCGAUUACCAAUUAGUCUCAAACCGGCUAAAACUGGCUGAUUUAAUCGGCUGGCUGAUAAAUCGGUCGGGCCCUAGUGCCAAAGAUGUUUUUGCCCCCUUUUCUUUUCCUUGACCAAGGGCUACACGAUACAGUGGCUGAUUUAUUUUUGUUUCAGCAGCUACUUGAUUCACCAUCUCAGUUGUCAGAGCAUACACCUACUCUGUGUUAGAAAAAAACUUGCCCACUUAUUAGAAAUACUGAGUGUAAUAUCUUCGCUUACUGCAAUCCUUUAAUCAAACUCCAUGAGUCAGGCGGUGGGUGUUUUUGGCUGCUCUUACACUUCUAAUGGUAUCAUCAACAACUUCCUUUUUGUAAAAAAAAAACAUUGAUUCUUUAAAAAGGGAUGUUUGCCCUCAACUUCCUCCUCAGUCCCUGUGUGUUUUCCAGAGAUUUGAGAAAGCGCCUCCCUCCGCUCUCACUCCCUCUGCUGCUGCUGCUGUUGAGACAUCCUCUCUCAAAACGAGGAACAGAUGUUCGAAAGUUGUUUGCAGAAGAAUAGAGCAAAUCAUAGCAUUUCCUUCAGGAUCACAUUCAGAGGGAUUGUGUAAGGGGGAAAUUUUCCCAGUCAGCUGCGUUGUACAAGAUGGGCUUGUCUUACACUUGCAUAGACCCCUUAAUACCCAGACUGCUUGAUUAUUUGGACCUCAGUUUAAAUCGGGUUAGUGCAGACUGUUUCUUUUGGGCGUGUUAGUUAAUAGGUGUCACUGGGAACCUUGUCUGUGAACCCUCACUGUACAUUUAUACUUGAGACUGUUGAGUCUCUAUGUAUGGUUUAAGUGAAGUUUGUGUGUGUAGUAAAACAAAGGGAGGAAGCUGCUCCAGUUGACCGCAGACAGAUGCUGUGGUUAACAGACAUUGUUUGUUUAAAAGUGAAACUUUAAACCCAUGACCUUCUCCAUACUAAUAAUCCACUGGAUUGUACAAACUAAGGUGGUCAGAUUUUUCAAGUGCUUUGAUAACAUAUUCAGUACAUUCACCUUUGAUAGUUAUUGACAAGUUCGGGGAGAGGAUGGCUGGUUAAUCUAAUCAAAAAGGAGAUAUAGAAGACAGGUCAUGUUAGAGGUAAAUAAAGCUGUAAAUCUGCUAGAUAAGAAGUUACUGUGACUGUUUCACAGCCGUUACACUCCAAUUAAGUAAUUAAAGCUGCUAAGAGGAACUUUCGGUUUGUGAUAGUUCUUGUGUCCCUUGUCCUCCAAGUGAUACCUCUUAUGCGUUGUCCUGUGCAUGUGACACUGGUGUUUUCAGUCAAAAACCAAAUCCUGUUUUAAAUUAAGAAGGCUGUUUCUCCAUCCUCCAGUCAAUCAUCUGUUGUUUACCUGUCCCCUCACAGCAAUUUCAGGCAUUAAAAAAUACAACAAGGAAAUUACGAUUGUUGGUUUUGAUGGUUUUGUUUACAUUUAAACAUUAUAAAGAGACAUUAGUAUUCAGACUAUUUCUCAACCAGUUAAAAACUCCUCACAGUGCCUUUAACAAAUCCACAACUCUGUGCAAAGAUGCCAGAUUUUGUUUUUGCUGCUCUCUGCCCUCCAUCACACCUGCAGCGCUGUAAAUCACAGGUCAGCAAAUACUGUCAUUUAGUGACUUAGAAGGAUGCACAUAUUUCCUUUAUGACUGUUGGAAACAGACUUAGAGCAAAUGAGAGAGACUGUGAUGCCACCUUGUCUCUACAUGUUAAACAAGUUUAUUUCUGUCACUACUUGAAAACAUUUAAAGAAGGGCAGGGAGGGUAGAGAUGUCAUGUCUAAUGGUUAAUGGAGUUGGUUUACUUGCAAUAUCUAUGAUAUCAAAACAUAUUCAAGUAGCAAGUGGUCCACUGUGGUCCAUGCUGGGCGUCUUGUUAAAAAGAAAUGAGUGUGCAGCUACGUAGAGUUAUUGGUCAGUUUAUGGCAAUUUGGAGCCAAAAAAAUCUGUUUAUGUAGAGCUGAUUUUUGGUAAAUUAACUGGCAACUGGACUGAUAAUCAGUUAAUCGCAUUAGUCAAUUUCCAAUCAUGAAUGCAAGUUCAGUAGUAAAAAUUUGCUGACAUUUGUAAGGGUACACUGAGUCUGUUUUAGAUUUAAACUUGAGAAAGGUAAUAUUAAUUCAAAAUAAUUCUCCAGUUGUUCAAUACUAGAAGGGACUAACUACUUAAUCCUGCUGCUCAUGUUGUCUGCUUUCUAGCUGUGUUGUUUUUGGCUGCUGUGCAGGAUUAUGCAACUUGCAGUGUCAAACACUUUUUACUGAAAAAUUCUGCAAGUAGCAAAAGGAAGCAUUGACAGUUUUAAGAACCAUGUCAUCUAAAUCAGAGUGAAAAACAGUUUCCUAGCCUUGAUUUCAGUUUAAUCAACAAAAUCUAGAUGAAGCCCAGCUCUUGACUGAGUUGUCAGUCAGACAGGGUGACAAAUUAAACUUGUCAGAAUUUACAACCCGCCUUCAUAUUGAGUUGGAAUGCUGAAUAAGAUGUGAAAAGAUGCUGACUUCUGAACUGUAUGUCAACCACAAACCAGGUGGUCCCUCCACGCAGUGAUUUCCACUGCAGAGUCAUGUCUGCUUUUAAUGCAGUCCUGCCUGAGGGCCCAAAGAUCACAUCCAGUAUCAGUUGCAGGCCUUAUAACUUUUGUCCAGACUCCAGAGACUUUCUCUGAUUUGGUGAAUCUUCUUAAGAGAUUCUGUACCUGUAGAUGAUGAUUCUUCAGAUUCUUUUACAACUUUGUCGCUCAGGAACAUCAUUCUGAAAUAGCUGAAAAUUGUGCUCAUUGAGUCUCUAACAGAAAGGUAAAUCUCUUCUUUUCUUUCAUAAGUCAUGACAUUAAAUAAUUUACAAACCAUCACAUUCUGUUUUUAUCAACCUGUCCUGUUUCUUAUGGAUUUUAGGGUUGUAGAAAAUUGGCAUUUUCAUAGAUCGAUGGAUUAGUCUUGAAACACAGUAGUUGAUUUUUUGUAAGCUCUUGUGUGUGAUAAACCUCUGCUUCUCCUGUUAUCUGGUCCUCGCUGGUCAGAUGGUCCUUUUGUGCUAAGAUAUGAGUAAGUCAGCUGUAUUUAUCUCCCAACAGCAUGUAUUCUCCACAAAGUUCAGAUUUCCUCACUCUCACUUGUUGGACUCCUAAAAUAUGUUGGUGCACACAUAGCCUCUGGAUAUUGGACUGUCUAGUGGAAUAGUAUAUGACAGUUUUUUAAACAAACUACUGUUGUUCUGCACAACAUGUUGAAUGUACUGUGUUAGUCCCACGUUGAAUAUAUAUAUACCUGUUCACUGUAUUACAGGCUGUAACACAAAAAGCUGUUUUCUGCAACAAGUAAAUCAGUCUUUGCACAAAUUCAUUCUCCGAGUGUUUUUCUGGGUCUCUGGUGUUUUUAGGCAGAAAAUAUAAGACUUUUGCACCAGCUGCAUAUUAAAACAAUCUCUAGUCUGUGUAAAGUAAUGAUAGUCUGACAAGAAUUCACUUCUCCUGAUCCUCUGCAACAAGAGGUCUCGCUGAGCGUAUAGCGGGGUCUUUAUUUUUAGCGCCCUUUGGCCUUUAGGAGAGUCAUCUCUCAAAGUUUCCUCACUUGCAGUCAUCAUACUGUGCUGUUCAGAGACUCACAGCACAGUUUUCCUCUUGGAUCACCAUUGUUGUUUUUUUUCUCUCAUUUUUCCAUCCCCCCAGUUAUGUUUGGCCAGAGAAGACAGCUGAGCGGGAGAGAAAGAGAGAAUGAAUAAAAACAUGGAUAUACACCAGCGUGGAGCAGCUCUUGCUCACUCAACAUCUGUUUCCAUUUUGGUGUUUGCUUUCAACUUUGUGCCAGAGAAUAUGGAGCCCCCAAAUGUAGAGAGGGUUGUUUUCAAGUGGUAAUUUGGCACACCCCGCAUUUCUUUUUUGGCUCGCAUCCUCGUUUUAGUUGGGAGGCUGUCCUUGGUCAUAAAGCAUGCUUUCAGCCUGGAGGAGAGAUCCAUCCACUGGUGCAGAAAUUAUGUAUUUUUGGCACUGAACCCUUCUUGCCUCAUAUUCAACUCUAGAAUAGACAUUUGACUCUGUGUUGGCUUUUCUUCAACUAUGAGAGCUGAAAAUUCCCCCUCUGAAAACUGUGUAGAAGUAAAUGUUGUACAUUUUUAAUAUGUCUUCUACUGAGCAAGGUCCCGAUGGGGGCUAAACUGUAAAACAAAUCCUUCAUAAGAGCUAGCAGUUGUUAAUUGAAGUAGUAGUAGUUAAAGCCAAAAUAUUACAGUAUUGGGUUUUAAGCUUUUCCUAUGCCUUCACACGUCUCUUCACCAGGAUUGCACGAUUGCCUGCUCUGGAUCAAUUGAGCAGAUUCUGAGCUAGGUCGAGUGCCAGCAUAUGAAGUCAUCAGUCAAACAGCCCCGGUCUCAGUUUCCCCUCAGUCAUAGACAGCAGCUGUAGAGGCAGAAGAUCAUUUGCAGUCCUCUUAAUGAAAGGUACAGAGUCUGCUGACUAGUUUCCCAGGGGAGUUCAGUCCAGUUACAGGUCUGUUAGCAUGCCAGGCCUGGUUGAUUUAAUAAAGCUGAGGUCCAUUUCCUUCAGUGGUUAUUAAUUAAGGCAGUUAACGGCUAAUGAAAUGUGAGGACUAACUGUUUCUCUGCUGUGUUGGUACGAGUAGACACAGUCCCUUUUUACCAGGUUUGUUUGCACCAAUGAAAAAAAUGUACCUUCAGUCAAAUAUUCAUAAACUUUCGGGUUCAACUUUAUCUCAUGAGAGCAGGGGCAGCUCAAAGAAAAUGACAUUUUUCACAGUUUUGGUAAUUUAAGGUAAAGCUAAAAUAUUUUCUCAAUGAAUAAAUCAAUUAAUCUUCAGAUAUUCAACUAUUUAACUGAUCAAUUGACAAAACAAGUAUUUUGAAGUGCAAUCACAGCACAUUUUUCUCUGUAUUCUCAAAUAUAAUGGGGUUCUUCAAACCCAGUGUUUGUCAGUGUUGGCUGGAGGUCAAAACUAGAAGAAAAAUGGAAAACACCCCCUCUAAGUCUUGGGGAUUUUGAGGGAAAUUUUUAGGAAGUGAAGACAUUUCAGAACUGAGUAAUUAAUCAAUAGGCAUCUUGUUGUUUCCAGUGGUUAAAAGCUGUCAGAGAACCAACUGCUAUUUGCCAUUUUGGUCACAUUUGAAUAAUUUCAUUAUAACACUGACAUUUAAGCUGAAAAAAACUAUUAAAACUGCACAGAAAUGGUUGUGGUCACGACUGCUGCAGCUUCCUCAGUCCCUGUUUCCUUCCUUCCACUUCUUGAUGACACGGGCGGACCAAGGAUGUACGUCAGAUACUUAAUUGGUGUCAAAUUUAAUGUGUUACGUCAACAGGCAGAAUUUCCCCCGAGCGUGAGCAAGUGAUUAUCCUGAAGCAAUGACCUCAUCUUGUUGAUGUUGUUGAAGCUUAUGUGUGUAAUGUUGGGUUUUACCACCGACACCCCCCGCUUCUCCAUAUCUCCACUGCUCUGUUCUAACAAUCACAGGAUCUACGUCACAGCACCGACGCUCACCCCAUCCUUCACAUUUCCAUUCAGAGUAACACAUGAAAGUGUUUGUUUACCACCACCAGCUCUGUCACUACAGACCAGUGGAACAAACUUAGUUCAUUUCAUGGCAGAUAAACAAAUACGACAGCCAACACCUUGUGUCUUUAUGUACAUUAAAACCUGUUAAUGCCAGGAGCUUCAGAGGGAAAACGAAAUUACAAAAUACUCGUUGACCUGAGAGAAAUUUAAUUAGAAAACUUCAAAAGGAAGUUGUAAUGCAGAGCUAUUCAGACAUUUUCUAACAGGAUUAGUUCUAUAUAGAGUUGGAGUUUGCGGCUUUGUCAUCAGGAAAACAUUCACAAGGAAUCAGACUUUCUGGCUCAUACGUAACAUUAAAAUACUCAGUGCUGAACUUUGCCCAAAUAUGUACAGACACCAGGACAGAUUACUGUCAUGAUCUGAUUAUCAGUCCAGUUAUCUUAAUAAAUUCACGUUUUUAUGGUCUAGAGCUGCACUGUAUGUAUCAGGUAUUGCAACUUAACAGGUUCAAACAUUGCGGCUUUUGAUUUCUUGAGGCAAAAUCUGGUUUGCCUGAUGAAGGUCUAAUACUGAAACGUUGCAAAUAAUUGAUUGCAAGUUGGACAGUGUGCAGGAACCCCUUUGCUACAUUUUGGUUAUUAAGGGCCAGAAAGUUAUACCAACUCGAAACAAUGGUAAAGCCCAAAGUGAAUCCUUCAUUUUUAUUUUAGCCUGGCAACAGGUCACAGCCGUUUCCUGCCAAUGAGAUUAAAAAGAAAGAGAAAAAAAUCCACCUAUACAGGGACAGAAUAUGUUUGGAUCUUUUGCUUUCUUUUGCACCCUUUAGACAAAUUAGUUGAUUAAUGAUUUUUACUGUUAUUACCCCUGCUGUCAUUUACAUUCAUUACAGAGUUUGAUAUUGUGCAGAGCAUGUGCGUAAGAACAUGUGUAGAAAUAACAAAGAGUGAAAAUCUGCAGCGAACAGAUGGUGUUUGAGUGUCGGCUCAUGUCUUUGAAGUACUUACGUCUGAGCCUCAGGCCCACAGAAGACUACAUUGAUUUGGCAGCGUGGACAGCGAACCUGUUCAGCUGCCUCACUCCUGCAUGCAUGCAAAGUAGUCACGGCCUGCUGGCCAGCUUCCAGCAUCCAGCAAACACACAGAGAGCCCGGAGAGGAGGUACCCUUUGUUUUGGAUCAUGGUCACUGAAUCACUGCAGAAGAAUGAGUUGUCUUGCAGCAGAUGUAGUCAGAGCUGUGAGUAACAGGUGGGAAACGUGGCAGCACAGAGAGGAUCUGAGGCUUCAUCUGUUGUGUGAUUGGGUUGGUUAAGUUGUUGGCAGAGUAGGAAUUUUAGUAACCCACUACUAAAAUAACAGCAUUUUAUAGGGAUGUUUACUCAGAGUUGCUACAACAACAAAACAGUGCAAAGAUUAAAGGGGAUUCCCCGUUGACCGAGUCACAAAUGACACUUUAUUAUUGAAGGCAGACUUGUUCUGAUUUAGAGUGUGUGUAGAUCUUUUUUUUCCCUUUUGUGUCAGAGACUAUUAUUAGGUAACUUGUCAAGCAAAACUCAGCUGGACCCUUUCUCUGAAACUGUUCACCCCACCCCAGGUUUUGUUUAAUGUGAGAUUUUACAUUGAAUGUGGCACAUGCAAGUUUAAAGUGAUCCUGGCAGUCUUUGAAAACCUCUUGUGUGUAAGCAUCCAGACUUACUUUGUAAGACGAAGAGUAAACAUGUUGUAUCACGCUACAUUAGUUCUCAUGAUUCUCAUUAGUGCACUGUCUAAUGAUGUCAGAAAGAUUAAAGCUUAACCAGCAUGGUCCAAACAGUACAGUACAGUUGCACAGUAUGGAUGUGUGUGGACCUUUGUUACAGCGGAUCAGCGGCCCUUUGCGUGAUUUUGGACGAGUUAAAGUAAAGCAGAACUCAGACUCUCCCUCAGUAAUGCUGAAUUGGCCUCUUUCUCACUGAUGUGGCCUACGAGGCAGCAGCCUUUUCUUCCUCUCUCCAUGGGCCUUAUCCUCCUUCAUACCACACUUCUGUCUUUAUUUAGCCCUGGCUUCACCCUCACACCCAAACAGCACUUUAACAGGGAUAUCUUACUUCCCCAAUGCAUAUUGUGAAAUAAAAAAAAACGGGGUAAUCAUAUGUUAUUGUUUCUAUUUACAUUCUUGUUACAACUUACUUACUUACCCUGUCCACUCAGACUUUGUCACUAAGAGAGAGUCCGUUCUCAGUUGAAAAAAUCCAAGACUGUGACUGGAUGUGAUUUAUCCUCUGUGUGGUGAAUGACGAAAACUGGAGACAGUGACGUCACAGAAAAUGUACUUGAAGCUCAGAGACAAAGACAAAGACAGGAGAUGACAGCUACAAGAGAGAGUCUUUUUCCAACUGGUUCCAACUUAAAGGGAUUUUCUGGCGUAAAAUUAAUUUAGGGUCAAACACUCCGUAACACCGAGUUAGACACCCCUUUGAGAGAUAAAUGUUGCCGACCGCUUGCUUCUCUAGUUAUACCAACUUGAGUAAUGACCGAACGAUAGCAAUACACAGCGGUCAGAGGAGCCAUAAACAAACCUUAACCAAAAAGCCACUCUACAGCCACAAAUAAUGCUUAGAACAGCACCUAACUUCAUCAACAGUACAUAUAGGGUCUCAGCCAUAGUACUAGCCACCAAACAUCUUUUUAACUUUACCUAAUUUCUUUAGCAAAGAGACUAAACACAACUCACCUACUCUCUUCCAGCAGCUGCUUGUUUGUAGCGAGACCUCGGGCCAGUCCUUUUACGGACUACAGCGGGGUGUCGCAGCUCAAGGAAGAACAUUUAUGAUAAUUUCUUCAUGAAAAUGCAAUCAGACCGAGACGCAAAGGCAGAAGAACUACUGCGUCUGCAGUGCAAAAGGAAAUGAUAAAGACAUUAAUAAAGACAUAUUCAAAGACAUUUAUAAAUGCACAUAUAUAAAUAGCAGUUUGAAUAUCAACUCUUGCUAAAUUCUCAAACUCGCACAUUCCCUAAUCUGCAUCACAAACUCGUCCUGUAACCCCCGGUCGAUUUGUUUAUAAAACAUCCUUAGAGAUAACUGCUGCUGAUAAAAGUUGAUGUAUAUGAUCUGAUUUCUUAAAACAAAAUACUUUUAAAAAAUCUUAAAAGGUGCCCCUAAAUUUGUUAUGUCUGUUGUUUGGUCUAUUGUUAUGUCAUAUCACUGAAAUGAAGUCAACCGCUGAUUACAUCUUCACCACAAAGAUUCCUCUUUAUACUUCUACUUUAAGGACAGAUGCUGGUUGUUUUAAGUUGGCAGAAGUCAGAUAUUUGAUAUGUUUCACUGAGAGCCAGAUACCUGCAUCGUACCCAGACUGCCUUAUCAGACUGUGUGCUGUUAAAGGAUGUAAGCAUAUUGAUGCCGUUGAGUGACACAACAAGAUAUUAUCUCCUCAUUGAAGAAGUAUCUGAUCAUUCAGGGAAACAAUGCACCCUGUUCACCCUUUUUUACCUGUUGUGUGCCAUUGACUGAUAUCUUUUUCUUCAAACACCUUAUCUGUUAACAUAAAUAGAGAUACUUAUUCUACUCAGUCAUUUUUUGAGAUCAUUUUAAGGAGCCUCAUCGGUUUGAAAGAGUUUUUUUAAUCUGUAAAUUACAAACAUCUAAAUUCCUUGUGAUGAGUUAGGGCCCUAUGAUCUGUGAUGAACCUCAAAGCUCCAUGGUAAACAGUAUCCAGAGAGUCACAGCUUUUGGAUGAUGCAUGCAUAUGCAACAAAUCACUGUAGUCAACAUGGAGUAUAAAAGUAGCAGCAACAAGUUGACGAUGCAGCAAAAGAAAAUCAACUUAAUUUAGAAUCAGAAGCCUGGCCGCAACUUCUAAACGUGCUGAUGAAUCAUUAAUAAAUAACCCUGGGUAGUUAUAAGUAGAUACCGCCUCAGUUACAUCACCCCUAUGCAUUACCCUGAGACAUCCUAAUAGAUUGUUGGUUCAGCGGCUUGUCCUUGAAUUUGUAAACAUUAUGAGGUUUGUUUCAUCAGGUUUCUAGAUCAGCUUGAAUUCAUGAAAGCUGUAUCAAAGGCCUCUUGUAUGUAACAGGGCCCCUGAUACUGUGUUGGAGCUGAGCAGGAAAAAAACUGCCUUGCCUGCCCGUAAAAGAAAAUUUGCAUUGGGAUCAUUAUUAUUGAUACUGUUGAUAUAAACUGUAAACAACAUCGGUCCAAAGACGUAGCCCUGGGGCACGCCGUGGCAGCAUGGGCAUAAGAACCUUUUAAAUCCCUUAUUUUCCUUUAGGUGAAAGAAAUUCAUGAUAGUGAAGUCGAACAGAUGAUCAGCUUUUUGAUAGGUCAAGAUGGGGUUGCAGAAUUUUUAUAUGUGGAUUUGGUUGUUUAUACUUCCCUCCGUGAUCUAAAAUAGCUGCAUGUCUGAUAACUCAAACAGUGUUGUAAGCAUUUUUGACCAUCUCUCACCACAAAGGAAACUUCCCUGCUGUGUCACAGCUGCUGCGUAUUGUCACUGUUGUGCUUUGACAUUUCAGAUGAGUCAUGAGCCAGAUUGUACUGUUUUAAAAUACAUACAAAGGUAUUUUCAUGAGCAUACAUGAAAAUAUACAUCAGAAUACUCGUACUUUAGCUGUAGCUUGUGUGUAGGUGAUUCAGGAGAUGGAUAAAUGCAAAUUAGUUUGGUCUUACAUGGAUGCUUUGUUUCAUUGAAGUCUCUCUCAGAUAUCUGGUGCUGAUUUGAGUGUGUGUUUGUAUCUGCCUCCCUCCCUCAUGCUUUUUUCCUCUGCUCAUUAUCCAGACUCGUGGACACACUCCAAGGUCAGAGCUGUGAGGCAAUGGCCCAGAUUUUCAUUUCACCGUGGCCCCUCCUUUUUCUUCUUCCUUGUCAGCACUUUCACAAGUUCACCCUACAGGCUCAAGUUGCAAAAAAAAGAGGGAAAUGGUUGAAUUCUUCGCAUUUAAUAGAAAGCCAGAGAAUGAACGUCUGAGAAAGGCCAAACCAAAUUUGUAUAGACUCAUUUUUCAGGCCUUUCUUUGGUUACUCACUUGCACACAUUCAUGUCAGAAAGCUUGACCUGUGUAGAUGAGGUGAAGUGCUUCUGCUUUAGGAACAAAGUGACAACGAGUAAUGUCUGAAACAUAUUACUGGUCUAAUACAUCUUUAGAAAUAGAGAUGAAUCAUUUUUGGAGAGUUGGCUGACAAGUGCUUCAGUUCUUCAAAAAUAAGAGCGCUCAUUUGACUCAUGUGUUUCAUGUUUUUUCAUGUUUUUUUAAGAUCCUCUUGGUUCCUGGUCAUGUUUGCAAGCCAAGCAUUUUAGCAUGUAUUUGUGCUUCUGUACUAACUGUAUUUUUCACUAGGCACAAAGCCCUGUGUUGAAAUAUAUUUUGAUCACACGAAAAGGCCAAAUCCUCCUAGAAAUCGGAUGCUAGAACUCAUAAACAAAACAAUUAUGAUUCUGGGUGAUUCAUCAAAAAAUGAACUUUUCCUGUAACAACUGCCAAAGGCAAGCAAGGCUGGAAACGCGCUCUUUAGAUUUUAACCAGGAUUAAUGUCAGUGGGAGAAAAGCUGGCUCUUUAUUGCUUUGACCCCGAAUUGCCCCCCAUGUCUACUUAAGACCAUGGCUCAUUCCACUGUGUUUGGUUUGUGAACAAAAUCUCAUAAAAGUGAGCACUGCAGUGCAAAGGCGAGACUGUCACUUUGUUCCCACGUUUCAGGCCGUUCUCUUCGACCGGCUCUGUGGAAAAAAGGCACACUUAGAAAAACAGAUUUAUUACACUGAUGCUGCUUCAUGUCAUGCUAAGAUUUUUAUGUGUUAAGAGUACGUUAGAGGAGUCCAAUUUCCUUUACCAAACAGAAUCGACUUUAUGCAGUGUGAGCAUUUAAAGGACCUCCUCUAAACAUAUUUUGCAUGUCAAUUUCUGCUGGUACAACAGUUUGGUUUUGGCUUUCUCACAAUUCAAUGUGCUGAGUAAUGGAGUUUGUACCUGUCUGUGUACACCAGGUUAUUUCCUUAUCCUGGCAAAGCAACCAGCGACUCAGCAUCAGAGAUUCAUUUCAGUCAUGGCUAGAUUUUAGCUCAGAUACUACAGCCAAGAUACUGGGGCUUCAGUCCAUAAUAAAUAUAAAGGAUCUAUACCCUUCUCUGAUCAGUUACAUCACAGAUUUUUUUCAUUAGUAUUGUAUCCAAUGAUGAAAGAUGCAAUUUACCCUCGACAGUUAGCAGAUGAAGCACAGGUGUGAAAGCUUCUGGUCCCUCUAUUGUACUCCGUCAGUCUGUGAAGUAGAUAUUAGAUUGAACUUACUCACUGGCCAGACGCUGUAGUUAAAGACAAUAUUUUUUUUUUAGGUCGAUAUGCAGCCCAUGAAAUGAUGGUGAAUUAUAUACAGAUUCCUUAACUGUGAGAUUAGAGUCAAAUAUCCCUCAAGUUGCCCUGGACUCAGAUGUUUCCUUCUCAAACAGGACACUUUUUGAAUACUAGUUUUUUUUUCAAACUAGUAUCCGUUUAUUUGUGUCAUAAUUCAUACUGCAUUAAAGACACAUAUUGUACAACAUAUGGAAAGCCUCCAUCCCUCCAUUGCUUGUGCAUCAAGCCUCCUGUUUUGCCCCUGUUUUUGGCUAAAUGUUGGCGGCUGUUGCUGUGCCACAACAUGAGCAGAAAAAACAGCUAGAGGAGGUUUGGGUGAAGCCACCUGUUGCUCUCCAGGGUGGUAUUUUAAUCCCUUUGCUUUUUACUGUAGAACAAUUCAAACUUAAAGUGUUUCAUCAUAUCUUGUGAAAUUCUCAUAGAUUAGUCACAAUGACAGUAAUGGUGCUGAUAGUGUGUAGUACUGAGCAGGUUAACAGGGUGCUCUAAGUAGAUCUAAACCACCCUUUAGUGUCCUCACUGUGUGAAGAGUUAAGGUAACACCACAGACAAGUUGCCAUGUCCUAGGGGUUAUGUUUUGAAAAUUUCCAAUAGAUUUAUCUUGUCUGGCCUUAAAUAGAAACUAUCCUUCAUUGAUGGUUGAGUAAAUCUUGCAAUUGCCCCUUGUGUUGCUUUGUUUUCCUCCACUAAUUGAAGCCAGUUAGUGACUGCAACAUUAGCUGGAAGUCUUUGAACCUCAGAGCUUUUAACGUCAUAGAUCGGAUGUUGCAGUUUUGAAGAAUCACAAAAUAAACUCACCCCUUCAGCUGUGUUUUGUCACUUACACAUCAGCUUGAAAAAUACAUAAUAUCAUUAUGAGUAUACUUGAUAGAGGCUGUUAUUAAAGAAUAUGAACAUUGUAGUAAAAAAAGUGGUUUUUAUGUGUCAUUUGACGUAACCCCUGUGCUUAAAAACUGUUAUAUGAUGUGCAACAGGUGUGCCGUUACUUUUCUCAUAACAACCACGGCCUGUAAUUGUAAAGAGUUGGUAAUCAAAAUUUUAAGUAAGUGCUAACUUAGCAGCUGUUCUGUGUACUGUAUUAGUGUGCCGUUUAAUAAUUCACAUCUUUAUGAGGUCAAAAAAUAGUCAACAAGAAUAUUAAAUGCUGGUAAAUAAACACAGUAACCUGACAACAUUUGUUGACAGGGCAGCUGGAACGAUAAGAUGGUACACUUUAUUGGACCAGAGGGGGUUAGAACCACUAGACAUGGAUUUGUGUACCGUUUAUCCUCUGUCUUCUGUUCAGUGUCUGUUCAGUUGAGAGUACUGAGGCAUGACUACACUUCAUUUCGAAUCCUUUUUUGUCUCCCCACAGAGCCACCAUAGAGGAAGUGGAGGGGGAUGUGUGCGAGUUGGAAUCCAAGCUCGACAAAGUGAGUACCACCCAUGAAAAACAUUGCUUAAUUGUUCAUUUGUUCUCCUGUGUGAACUGGCAGCCAUAGCAGCCAUCCUGAUCCUGUAUGUGGAAAGUUGCAGGUUUGUCCCUGGCUUUGUCCCCAGUACAGUCCCAGUAUACUCCUGUUAUAUCCCCAGUAUAUCCCCUGGCUGAGUGCCUUUGUCUGAGACUAAUAUAGACUACUAUCACCUCCCUUAACCUUUGAUGUCAUCGGACAGGUAGGUGUGUUUUAGAGGAGCAUGGAGAAACACAUCUUUUACGCUGAAGUUGAACUUCAGUCACCUCCCUGUUCAUUACCACAGAACUGAGGUGUUAACAAUAAAUGCUGCUUCUUGGUGGUUUACCUGCCUCUAAUUAAUCCACUUUUUUUUCUUGUUAUCUUUUUGUUUCAUCAUGGUUUCCUUAUCAGAAUCAGAACUGUUACGUUUGCCGUAAUCAGUUCUAGCUUUGGCAAGGGAGUGGAAAUGAAAAAUGAAGUCUCAACUUUUGCCAUUGAUUUAUGCAACUGCAUUAAAUUUAAUCUCAGCUGCUCUGCUCUCCUCAUCUAAAGUUAUAAAUCAGCCAAACAAGCUAAAGUAAUCACAACUCCGAACUUGCUCACUGACUGUGUGUGAGACUUCAGGCUUUCAGUCUCCCAGUUCAUUGUUCCUGGACUUACAGUCUUACAGAGUCCCACCCUCAUCCUCACCCCACUUCUGUGACUCAGCCUUGGUCUCACUUCCUCUCUUGCUCUGGAGAGGAAGGAUCUGCAGGAGAGUGGGUGUGUUAGUUUGCAUGAAUAUCGCAGCAAUAGUGUGUCAGUGUGUGUGUUUGUGUUAGAGAGUGUCUGUGUGUUGUAUGGGUGGAGUUUGGAAACAAGAGCUGCGAGUGACCAGAGUUCAACUUUGUCCUGGAGCCCUAUACAUGUCAGACAUGAUCACAUACAGGCAUUCUGCUAGACUAGAGGUCAAUACAUGCUUAACUAUGCAAGUAUUGAAUAUGCAGUUAAAAGGGAUUUCUGUCAAACUUAGUCCAGGUUAGGUUUGAGACUUCCUUUUGGUUUAGAAAGAGGUCAGAUUUGAUUAAACUCUGGUUCCACAUUUAUGAAAUCAUUCUUCGUGGUGAUGAAAGUUUAUUUUAGUGAUUUAUGCCGAAUAAACUGGAAACUGAGAGUGUGCAUCCAUCUAGCACAAAGUAAAGGUGCUGGAGAUGUUCUGCGGCUACAAGAUUCCUGCUCUUUUUUAAAUGAAAAUUUAUAAUGUGAUUCAAUGACUUCUCUUAAGGAAAUACUCAGAAAACAGUCAAAUUAAGCACAAUGUAUAUGACAUAACUAAACAUAAGAUCAUAGAUUCUUGGGGAUGUCAAAUUGGUUUUCAUAAUAUGUUACGUUAACAGAGUUAGCACCACCUCCCUCUGAUCGUCCUCACUCAAUCACUGAGGCAAUGAUUCAUUUAAAAAACUGGUUGACAGGAUUGUUUAAAUCAUAGAAAAUUUAUGACUUAAUUAUAAACUAAAUAGAUUUAAUGCACCUGUUAACUGUUCAUGAGAGAAAGCUGACAUGAAUAAAGAGCUUCAGUUUUAAUAAACUGAUUAGGAAAUUGCUCCAACUGAACAGAUUUCUAAUAAGUUAUGUUGCAGCCAGGGCUGCAGAGCCACAUUGAGGCUGUGUGUCAUCUCCUGUGUGGGAGUGGAUGGAAAGCGGCCAGUGUUUGUUGUGAGUUUACAUAACCUGAAAUUAUCUUUGCCCCCAAUGAGUCAGACGAGAAAAGUGCUCGCUGUUAAUUACCAAGAAACUGACAAAGCAUUUUGCUUUUUGUUCUUCCUUUAAGGCUCUACAUGCACAAAUCCUCAAUAUAUUUUUAGCAGCAGACUUCAAGUGUUUUUAAUAACAGUGAACACCCUGAAGAAAUGACCAGCACCAUUUCCUCUCAACUGAGUGUUAUCUUCUUCUCUCAGCUUGUCUGAAUCUUCAUAUUUUUUUUCAUUUCUCACCCGUAAGCGUGUGCCUCUUUGUCUUUCUCUUUGUAGUUGGUGAAGUUAUGUAUUGGGAUGAUUGAUGCUGGCAAAGCAUACAACGCAGCCAACAAGCAGUUUGUUAAUGGAAUCCGGGAGCUAGCCCAGCAGUCCACCAAAGAUGAAGUCAUCGAGGUAAAUGAAAUCAACCUGAAACGAUGGUUAAAUCAUUUCAAUGUGUCAUUUCUUUUUGUGCAGGUGGGGGGUUACAUAUUUUUACAUUAAGUAAAAUGAAGAAAUACUUUAUAUAAUCCAAGUAAUGAGCUACAUUAAAAAAAACGAGCUCUAAACUCAGCGUAGUGUAAAGCUGUGAUCUACUCCUUCCAAAUAAAAUGGAGUCAGUGCUUUCUCUUUUUUCACGUACUCCCUGCUCAUCCCCGAUGAGUCAUCCUUUGUGACAUUACUACACUGAAUCCAAAUUUUACAAAUUGUAGCCUGGUGAAACCUUGUACUAUCUACAGGGUCUUGCAGAGGUCAAAUGCUCUGUCUUGUUUUCUCAUGAAUUUUGCACGGUGAUCCAAGCACUUCCUCUCUGCUGCUGCUGCUGUGUAUUGCACCCAAAGUCCGUCCCUGGGGUUUGAAGAUCUGCUGCUGCUGCAUGUGUGGAGAGGGAGUAACGUAGCCAAAAGAAGCCUUUCUCAAAGUGCUGUUAUUUCCUUAAAAAAAGACCACAGCCUCCAUAAAGCUUCACUUGUCAGACAAGAGAUUUUCUGAAUAUUAUUUUAACUAUUUUUAUUGUUUGUCUUGUGUGUUAAUUUGUGUUUUAUAAUUAUUGGAAUACUUUUUAAUGGGUUUCUGGCAUCCAUUUAUGCUUUCUCCCUUUUUUCCCCAACAGUCCAGUCUCACAAAGUUUGCUGAGAGUCUGCAGGAGAUGAUUAACUAUCACACGGUAUGUUACCACUUCCAUGUGAAACCGGAUGUAGUGUGACCCCCCCCCCCCCCCUCCCCUUUUUUCUCUUCUCUUUCGUAAGGACAAAACUCAGCUGGGCUGACUGCCUGGAACAGCUCUUUCACCAUCAGGGUUUUUAUUUACUGCUGGGAAGAACAGCACAGCACAAUCCAACACAGAGACAAAAGUUUUAUCAGGGGAUGACCACCGGUUGGAGACAAGAUUGAGAAAGAGCAAAAGAAAGACUUUAUUGAGGAUCUACAACAUUAUCAGGGUGCUUAGAGCGUUAUCAAACUGCUUUCACAGGGCUUGCAGUCAAAGUAGGAGAAAGUUGAGAGAUAGGAUAUGAUAAACGGCCUUCAGGUGGGAUUUCUAAUUACUAAAUUUCUUGGGGUUAUCUUUUCCUUGAAGAAUUGCUUAAAUAUUGAUAAAGUUUUAGCUUAAAGUCCAAAAAAGUUACUCCUGCCCCCAACAUAUUUAGAUCACACUAAAGAGAGAGAACUUUCCUGCCCAAUCCAGUCUUUUUCCUUACUUCAUGUGUCAUGGAGUGUUUUAAAGCUGGAAUAGAAUAUAUAUUUACCUUUUCUUGUCUACUUUUUGUCUAUUUUGGCUACCCUACAGCCUUUUUCAGCAAUGUCACAUAAUGCAUCGCUCUUUCAGCCACUCAGUCAUGGCCAAUAAAUCACUGCGAUAUGUUAACAAACUUUUUCUAUCCUCUGUGCCAAACUCCCCAAGCAGCCCUUUGUGACGGGUGUGAUUAUGUAGCUGUGUCCUCCCCUUGUAUCCAUCCUCAGUGGUCACUCUCUGGUGGGCAUGACACUGACGUUUACACAAGCAGACACAACUGUCCACUUAUUACGAAUCACUUAAACACAUAAGGGAUGCUCAUUGUGCGUCAGAGGCUCUCCCCCUCAGAAAAAUUAUUUUUCCUGAUCUCUCUUGUCAUGCCAUGUUUCACUCAACUCUGCGGACACAGACAGAGUGAGCUUCCAGCUGCCAUCUCGCUGUCUGAGACAUGUUAGCACAAACAACCGAGUUGGGAGCUAAAUGUCAGUCUGUGUGGUUGUGAAUGGGGACUUUGCUAUAGCAGGGAAAGCACAGAUGUUCUGCUGCUGUUAUCAUUAUGUAGUAACUAAUGUAAAUGUCCAUAAAUGAGAAACACAAAACAAAACACCUAUGACAGUUUGCAGCCAUUAUUGCUUCUGAUAUGUUGGCAUGAUACUUGAUUAACCUCAAAGGAAAUCCUAGAGCCAGGUUGCUCAACUGAACAGCUCAACGUUGAGUGUGUGUACUUUUCAACAUGAAGUGUUUACAGCGAGUUUUACAUUUAAAUUCUAAAAUACCGGAGAUUUAGUUAUUUUUUAGCAAACGUAUGAAAAGCACGAGAUCAACAAAGAGGUAGGAGGUAUUGCUUUUUCUGCAGGGGGUGUCAAACUCCACAUUAGCAGAAGCUAGUGAAAUAAUGAAAUAAAGAAGAUGUUUAGAAAAGCGAUGAAAGCAGGCAGACACCCAUGAUAAUACCAGAACCAGAAGAACCACAAAUAGAAAUAAAGUCGUUUAUCGUUUUAAAACUAAUAACCUUUGCAGUCUGAAUUCAAAAUGUAAUCAUUUUUAUGGACUGAGGUUGAAAAAAUACUUUACAUUAGGAGUAAAUCUGAGAUUUAUAACCUCAAUUACCAUUUAUGAAAGUUCAGAAACAGUUUGGAUAGAUUGGUUGACACUUCGGUAGAUCAGAAGUGUAGACAUACGUUUCCUUUAAGCUUGAUUAUAGCACUUUGUGGUGUUAGUGAGACUGUAUGUUUUCUUAUCUAGCGGUGUCCCAGAACUCUCAAGGAUGGGCUGUCCACCACAACUCUGAGUCUGUCUUCUCUUAUUAGCUUUCUUGACUAUAAGACCCAGAGCCUCCAGGAGCCAUAGCACGGGCCUGCUGCUGUGACUCAACUGUGGGAAUUGUCAUCCCGUCAGCUGACCGUUAGAUAGGUUUUUACCACUCAGCGAUCCUUUCAGCACAUGAUCCACUCAAACACACAGUGCUCAAUCUGUUUGUCACUGGUAGCCUCUCUCAGCCACACUGUCCAUAUUGUCUCGUCUGGCCUUGAAAUUGCACUGAAGCCCCACCUAGAAAAGAGCGUUUGUCGGGCCCUUUCCCUGGAAGCCCAUUUUUAAGAGGCAUGUAGGUUAAUGAGGAAAUGACUCACCACCGAGAUAAAGUGAGAAAAUCACGUCAUUUCUUGUGUUUAUGUCUUUUAUGAGGGGAGUUUACGUAGUCAGCUGGUUUGUAUAAAUUUAGCGGCUUAAUUGCACCCUGUGAUGUUUACAAAAAUCCCACCAAACAAGGUGCUUAAUGCUGACUAGCAAAGCGUCCUGCAGCCGCCAAAGCAAAUGCAUCCAUCAGCUUUUUUGCUCCUACCUUGUAAAGAUGGUCAAAUUGGUUUAAUUAGAGUUGUGUAAAAGAAAGAUGACAUUUUGCCGCACUGAAGAAACAUUAACCUCUUUUUUUUCCUCCACAGAUAUUAUUCGAUCAAGCCCAGAGAUCAAUCAAGAUCCAACUUCAAACAUUUGUCAAAGAGUGAGUAUUUAUCCAGUCAUGCAUAAACUUAUUUAUUUCCUUAAACAUAAGUAAGCUUGAAGAAUGGCCCUAAUUUUACUUCUGGGUCAUUUCUCUGUAAGAAAAAGUCACAACACAUUUUCUUCUCACUCUCCCUAGUAUCAGGAUAGACUAAAAAUAAGGAAUAGUGGACUUAUCAGAGCUAAACUGAGCUCUCUUUGAGUCUGUGCUGAAGGAAAAGUGUAAUUGAUUUUAAAUGGCUUACCAUUGAAAUUACAAAGUAGAAGCUGGAGGGAGCAGCAUAUCUGGUUGUCAGAGAAUCCAGACAGGGCUUUUAAGGACGCAAAAUUAUUUUAGAGAGCCUUGUAUCUCCCUGUUUAAGCCUCCUAAUAAAGCAUUGAAUUCCAGACUGCUUGUGCAGGAAACAGUGGGAACUUUUGGUUUAUGUCAUUAUAAGGAUUAGCCGCUUCAGCCCCUGGCACACACCGGCUAAAUACCCACAUCAGCAGCACCCAAACAUCUCAGAGAAGGCUGGGAAGCUUGUUCAUGCCGUAUUAUUCUCUGCCUUCCAGCAAUUUAAUAUUAAUCUCACUUAAGCAAGAGUUUAGAGACUUUGUCCUCCUCUUCAAGAUAAGAGGCACUGCCUAGUCACUUACACCAACACACAGGACCAGAACUGGGUCAAAUAGUUCUAGGAAAUACUUUUGUUUGUUUUAGCCUUCUAGGACUUUCAGCUUAACAAGAUUUAUGAUAUAACCCUUAACUCGAGGGUGUUCCUGUGGCCUGACCCUGGCUGUAUUGUUACUUCUUUGCUUUCCUUUAAAAGCUGACCUUCACCCUCACAAGAUAUGUUGGCAGCAAAGGGAUCUGUCUUUUUUUUAGCUUGGUCAUAGAUUUUCUCAAAAGCAUCAAACAAUAUCUUGACAUUUUUUAAAUACUGUAAAUAAUUGUGGCAACACGCGAGACCAUUCCAGUCAGCUCAAGACAGUUAUGUUUAUUUUUGUUGCUUAAAAUUAAAUAAAAGCUAGAGACAACUUUUUGUUAAAUAUGAAACUUUAUUCCCUAGAUCCUUAUGAAUGAAAAGUGUCCUCUCAAAGAGAUGAAUUCCUGUACUGAAUUAAUUUCAACACCUUUGUCUGUCCUUUGUCAGUGACCUACGAAAGUUCAAAGAAGCCAAGAAGCAGUUUGAUAAAGUGAGUGAGGAGAAGGAGGCAGCGCUGAUCAAAAAUGCACAGGCUCCACGCAACAAGCAGCAUGAGGUGGAGGAGGCCACCAACAUCCUCACUGCCACACGCAAGUGCUUCCGACACAUCGUCCUCGAUUACGUCCUACAGGUAUGACAGCUCGCAUAUAGGCUUUAUGUUUUUAUAGUAGAAUAUUGGAAAUGGGAAAAAAUUAAGGAGACAAGAGUAAUCAGUAAAGUUUUUUGGGGGGAGUGAUUCAACUUUUAACAACCUUGUAGCAGGGGCAUGACGCUGUAUUUCUCUAAAGUUGCACCUGAAACUUUAUUAAAAUAAAAAAGGUGGAAAUUUGUAACUAUAUUGUGACAGCUCAUCAAAUCUUUUUUAAUCUUUAUACUAAUUCAACCAAACAGUGCAAUUUUUACAGGACUUUGCAAAUUCAUCCAAACUCUAGUGUCUAUAUAAAUGGGGUCUGCAACCCUAUCAUCCCUCAAGACAUCAGCAUGUAUGUCACAUAUUUACUUCUUUAUUUUUAAAGUCAUAUUCCACUCAAUAUCAGAGGAUAUUUAGGCAAUCAGAGGCUGUGUUCCUUACUUUCUACCAAUCAGUGGUCUGUCACACUUCAAAGUCAGCAUUCAUUUUAAUAGUUAGAAUAUUUUUGUACAGAGAGAAAGUAAUCCAACAGUCUUAUAAGUAAAAAGCAGAACAAUAUAAACAUUAUUUCUCUACAGAUGAUUAUUAUUUUUUUUUAUCCUUGAAAAUAAGACCCUUAGUAUGAACUUUGUGUUUGAAAGAAACUUACUGAAGUUGUAUUUUUUAAAACAUUUGAUUUGGUGCCUGGACAUUAAAAAUGAUACAAAAUUGAUGUAAAAUUUUCCAUGUGUUGCACAAAUUUUCAGCCUCAACAAACAUCAGAACUUGCACUGCAACUUUUUCAGCUAAGCAUUCAAGGUGGAAACAGUCAUAGCAAAGCCCAAAGAAAUCCUAGAAGGGUUGAGAAAUGUCAUUCACAUUUUUCCAUAUCAUAAGCAAUACCUUAGAAGCCCUUUAGUGUUACAGUUUGAUCAGACUCUGUGUAAAACUAGUUUGCUGACAUCUUAACUUUUGGGCUUUGCUCAGCUACACACUGUCAUGUUGGAUGCUCCUCUGUGCACUAGAGCCAACAUAAGUUUGGAUAUGGAGCCUUAUAUGCUGAGUCGGUAUUUAAGUGCUGAUGCUGCACAGUGAAGAAUGAACAACAGCUGUGUUUGAGCCUGUUAAAUUUAUAGUAAACCACCCAAACACUGAUGGAUGUGGCUGAAAACGAGAAAUGGCAGCUAAUGCCUUAACAGGACUCAGAGAGCAGCUGCUGAUUCGGUCUUUAGCACUGCAAAACUGAAGCAGUAAAAGAAGUUAGUGAUAGUUUUGGUACACUGUGAUAUUAGGACAUAACACACAGCAUUUAUGUAUCUCUGCAUAGAUGAUGAAUGCAAACAUGUUCCUUUCUCUUUCAGUUUGUUUAAAUAUCAUAGACCCCUUACUAUUCAAGCCACACAGAAUGAUCUUUGGCAGUAAAAACUGUUUAUAUGUUGUUGAAUAAUACAUCAGCUGUGCCCUGAGUCUCAUCUCUUGGUCACACUCAUACAGAUGAAUGUCUCAUGCCCUCUGAUAGGGAGGCGUCUAGCCCUGUUAUUGAUUCUUACUCCAGAGGAAGAGACAAUAAAGCUCGGACAAUGCUGGCUCCAAAAUUAGAGUUUGAAAAGAAACCAACAGGGGGGUUUGAAAAUAGUGUUGGCAGCCUGCUCCAGAAGCCCACUGCAUAAUAACUCUCAUAAAAUAAAGUCUGACUGCGAGAAAUUAGUUGAGUUUUUAUCUCGCCCGUCAGUUUUCUGUUAGGGAAUCGAAAAACCAGCUGAUUUAGUGCUUCUCCUUUAAAGUAUCACGUAUUUGCAGAGCUGUCAGCACUUUACAAAUGUUGCUCACUUCUGCCGCUGUGCUUGCAGAAAACAUCUAAGAUAGAUUACAGCUCUGUUUUUUGUCCCCUUUUGAUUGUUUUCGUGGCAUUUUUUCUUAAUUAUAUAGUGCACCAUUUACAGUGACAUGCAAGAUGGUGGAGGGAGAAGGAAAUAUAUGAGGGAGGUUGUAAGCCAGACUUGCAUUCACGACUGUUAAAGAACGGAGCAUGUCCUCUUACCGUGCUGUGCCACGUAGAGCUGGAUCAUAAAACUCUGAACUUUAAACUCUCUAGGUUGCAGUGCUCACUGUCUGUCAGGCAUUUUGUGUUAUAAAGACAACACUGCAUGCUGCAAAAUGGAUUAUGAGCCUGCCUGACCAUAUGUUAUCACUUCCUGCUUCCAGCCCAACAGUGAAAAGCAGAAGCACAGUUUACUCUUUGCAUAGAUAGUUUUAUGUCCAAACAAACCUAAAAUUUUCCAUGCUUAAAACUGGACUACUUUAAGCCUAAAUCCUGCACCCUUGUAAGUGUGGGAUUACCACCACUUAACCAAACGCUCAUGAAUUUUACUCUUGGCAGUUGUGUUUGUUGUCACCAUAAUGAACUUUUCUGGUUAAACAAACCGAUGCUCAGAGGUACUGCUCCAGUCAAAACUACUAAUUGACUGUAAUCGAGAGAAAGAAGGGGCUUGUAAAAGUUGUGAUGCAUCAACCACUGUGGUUAGAAGAUGGAAAAUUGUGCUUCCUUCCCUGGGUGGGAUUUAUAUCUGUAUAUAAACACAAGUGUGGGUUUUUUGUUGCCAUGGAAAAGGGCCUUACUGCCAAAAAAAAUUGCUGGCCACAACAAGGAAUUCAAGCUUUAUUCUUCAGUGGGUCGAAGUGUACUGUCCCUGUUUUCUUGACUGCAAAAAAGAAAACCAUUAAACCCAGCAAAAUCCAGACAGUUUGUUGGAACUCACACCGGGCCGCUCCGCCCUCUGAAGGAGUCAAAUGCAUCAGCCAUGCCCAGUCAGGGACCAUCGUCACAUACCACUCAUCACUCUCUGUCAGACUAAAAGAAGCCGAAGAGCUUCGGUGUCUGGAUUUACCACCCUCUCUAACUUAUCUCCUCUCUGCAGCAUGAACCUGAAAUAACCUUUUGGGUCAGACUAACUCACGGCAUUAAUUAGCCAGAGAUGACGAAGAGUCUGCAACACACCCACACACAACAAGAAAAUACACACAAACAAAGAAAAGAGACAGACAGACGGCUGCAAUGCCUGCAGCAGAGGAAAUAGAUGCAACAGAAUCCUUUGAUGUAACAUGCAGAGACAUGCAUGCAGCUCCCCCUGGUGCAAGUACAUGAUACUACUGUCCAGAGAUGCUUGGGCUGGUGUGUGAAUUUUCUAAAUCCUCUUUCACUCAUUUCAGGCUUUACUGCUGCCACUCAUUGACCUUUUACUGACUGAUGAUUUUUUACUUUAUCUUAGGAAUCUUACCUCAUAAUCAUUUCUCUCUCGUGCUCUUUCUCUCUGUCUUUGUCACUAUCUCCAUUCCUGCUUUUUCUCUUCAGUAAGAUUCAGUACAUAGUUUUAAAAGCCUGGUGCUUGUACACCUCCAGUGCAUAUGGCUUCUUCCUAUUUUCCCACUGGAAAUUAAGCCUGCCGACCUAAAAAGAAAAAAGAGUGUAUUCUAAAAUGUUGAAAGCUGUUAAAACACCAAAAUCAUUUCCAGAAAAGAAGAUGUACUGUCUUGUUACUGCUGGUGAAAAGAGAUUAGUGGACAUGGUUUUGUAGAGGAGCACAAAGUCAUCGUCCCUGAUGAUGGUAUCAAACCACCUCACAGUCACUUAGACCACUUCUAUUUACUUGCAAGAGCGAAGGUAAAUAGGUAGGCAGGAAAAGUAGCCAUCUAAUAUUGUCCCAGUCUACUUGCGGGACUAUUGUAUGUCUAGGAUAAACACCAGUAUUAGAUCCUUUCACAGGGAUUUUAUGUUUGCUUUACUAAUUGCUCUUUCAAUUGUGUUCUUAUUCUCAUAUAGAUCAAUGUGCUACAGUCCAAGAGAAGAUCAGAAAUCCUAAAAUCUGUGAGUAUAAUCUUCUAGCACGUCACAUGAUUUAUGCAGAGCCCCUACAGAGUUUCUGAAUAUUCAGUUUUUCUCCACAGAUGUUGUCCUUCAUGUAUGCCCACCUGACAUUCUUCCACCAAGGAUAUGAUCUCUUCAGUGAACUACAACCACUCAUGAAGCUGCUUGGAGGACAGGUAUGGGCCAUACUUUAUACACAGGUUAACGUGCUUACUUUAGAGUGGUGUAUAAAACUUGAAACGUGUUUGUUUUGAUGUCAAAUUUAGCAGCAUAUUUCCAACUAAAAACAACAACUUCAAUUCAUUUGACCUCUUUACGUUGGUUUCUCUUUUCUUCCACCUCCCUGAUUACAAAACGUGGAGUUUUGCCUCAACAGUUAAAACAACGCUGUUUUCUUUUCUGAAUCUAUGAGACCUUAUGAAUCUGUGGUGGCUCAUGAAGCGCCUCAGAUUUUAGAUGGUGAACCUAAAUCUGAACAAUUUCUCCACACUCCAAUAUCCCACUUUAAGUUCUUAAAACUUCCUUUGCAGCUAUGUUAGCCUAAAUUGCAUAUGACAGCCAAAGAGAGAGUAGAGUGUGAGGGAUGACAAGUAGCCAGGGGCCAUGGACAAACCAGCUACAUGCGAUUAGCCUCAGCAGCAUCUUGGAUAUGCACUUGAACCACCAUGAAUCCCCACAAUUUUUUUAAAUCGUAGCAUAACCUAACACACAUGCAAACACACAAAUUCAAGGCCAUUAAGAUGCAAUCCAUCAUAACUGUAGUCAUCACAUCUGUUUGUUGUCAGAAGGUUAAUUAAUCCGGAGGCUCCUGGUUUUGGUUUCACUUUUUACCUUGUAACAACAGUUUUACCGUCUGUACAAAAAUAAACACCACUCUGCUUCUGGUCUGUGUUUUUAGUGUUAUUAGAACAUAAAGUAUAAACUCUCGCAGCACAAGCAAACAUGGAUCUAUUUUGGGCAGAGAAGCCAAACAAAUGUCAUGUGAGUUUACAUACCCGUGCCCUCCAUUGGUAAACACUUUUCAUAAUGUGGGCGAGGGACAUAUUGUAUGAUUACCUAAACAGUGUCCCUCGCUCAGGAGCUCUUUUGGAGUUUGUAGGAGUGUUUUGUUAGUGACUCUGAAACGUUAUUUAUAAUCAUCUUAGAAUUUGCAAGUGUCGUCAGUUCUGAACUCAAUCAUGAGGGAGCUGUACAGCUGCACUUUGACCCCCUGACUUCACCUCCAGACGACCCAUCUCUCCUCUUUGUGUUUGUUUUCCUAUCCUCCCAGUGUGUGUGUGUGUGUCUCUUGCUAUCUUUUUGUCAACUGAUAUUUCAGCUCAGUGUGUGUCUGUUUGGGUCCUCUGAUAAACAGAGCCUUCCCUCUGAGCCAGAGGAUGGCCCGAAUGUGACUUUAAGAUGAUUAUCACAGUGGAGCUGCUGUUACAGGGAGUAGGAAUGAGGAAGAAAGCAGCCAGAGGGGCUGGAAAAGGGUUUUCCCACAGUUAUGCUCAUAGGGUAGACAGUCAGCUGAGUGAACACAGCAAAGACUGAAGGUGAAUCGAUCCAUGGAGCAGUAACAAGGGCUGACUGGGAGGACAGUGUCUUUUUGAAAUUUUGGUACAAGGCGAAGGAUGCAAAGGAGUCCGGUUUUGGAGAUGAAGAGCUUGCAUGGGCAGAAGAAUUGAGGACACCAUUCUUUUCUGAUGUGCGAACCUACAAGUGAUCAAACUACAACUUUUUGAGAAACAGAAGACCUUCUUUGGAAGCUAGCUCUGAAGAGCUAGGACAGCAGCCUUCUAAACUGGAGUUAGGGGGUGUGUGUUGUUGCUCUGAAUUUGGAACCUUUGACUUUGGUAUCAUCAAGGAAUUGACAGAAAGGACCAAACAGUGCUGGGAACAGAUGAAAGGGGAGACAGGACCCACUUUGAAAAGCUGAUUUUUGGAAGGAUAAGAGGCAGAAUGUAAUCUGCUCAAAGCAAAGCAACUGGAGAAGAAUAGAAAGGCAGCUGGAAAGGAAUCGACUGUAAGCUUUCAACACUGAAAAGACUGCAAGGAUUUUGAAAGUAAAAGAUUUUUUUUCCCCCCUGGAGAGGAGGGAAUAGAGAGAGGGUUGGUUUCAAGUCCAUGAACAACCAAAGUAUAACUGCACUGUUUGGAUUUUAAGCCUGUCACAACGAAUUUGGAGCGCUGUGAAUCUGAAAGAAGAGGGAGAUCAGAGGCCGGGCUGUGGAAGGCAGUGACAAGAGAAGAGUGGAUUAUUUCUUUUCUCCUCUCCAUCAUGAAGCUGAAGAAGGUGGAGAGGCUGUGCAGGGAGGUGUGGAGGAGCUGUCAACAGGUCUGAUAAUAUGACUUGAUGUCUAAAGCCCAUCAGAGGCUCAUCAAGGGGUGGGAAUAUUAAUGAUAAUCAGUUAGUUUACAUGAAUGAAUGGUAAAAGAGAGUGAGCCAAUACAACAGGUUUUACCAACGCAGCCUGUAGUAGGUUGGAAAAGUACAAUAAAGGAUAUUCUGCUGUUUUUUCAGAGCUACGUACAGCAGUAGCAAACACCAAUAUACUUUUCCAGAUGUUUCCCUGCAGUUGUUGUGAAAAGUACGUGUGUGUUGCGCUGAACAUUUUCUGCAGAAAGGUACAAAAGGGUGUGAAAAGGCAUGACAACUUCCAAACACGAGAGUUUUCCACUCUUUUUAAAGCGCUUCCUGUUUCUUAAUAUAAAGAUUUCAGCAGAUUGCAUCUUUCCGUGACACUAAGUCUCAGUAUUUAACACAUUUUGGAUGAGUGUAUCCAUUCACAAGGAAAGGUUUGUAACUUUUCUAUGAAUCAUGCAGCUUACCACUGUAGUGACAUGUCAUAAGAGAUCUCUGCAGACAAAAUGACCGAAUGCUUUAUUGUCUUCAAACUCUUUGAAUCGGAAAUAUCUCAGUUUAGAUCUUCUAGCAGGGGCUGCAGAGUUUGAUAGAUAAGAUGUUACAGGUAUGGUGAGUCAAAAGGAUGUGAAGCGCUACACACAAACUCAUGUUUCAGCCUCAGAAACAGAUAGUCAGUGUGGACUGGACUGGACUGGACUAGUUUAUGUGACGAGAUGGGAGGAACAUUUCCCAUCCGAUGUUAUCAGCCUGCUGCUCUGUUGUCCACCCAUUUCCUCUUCAACAAAACAAAAGACCCAGCUCUGUCAUACGCUGUCUUUGCUGCAUUUUUGUUUCCUAAAAAAGUUUUAUAUCAUUUGAAAUAGAGAAAUAAAUUUGGUAAACUCAGCGUAGGACCAGUUUUAAUUUGCUAGUAUGUAAACAACCCGACAGGAAACUUUACACAAUCAAAAGAGAAGUAAAAUAUUUGCACCACUCUCCUCCAUAUUACUAUGAACGCUGGCUUCUGUUUAACCCAUUUCUAUAGAUUGGCACUUGGUUUAAAGUUGUGCCACAGUCAUUUAAAUCACAGGACGAGUACACUUGUGUAAUAUGCAGACACUGAUCCUUUUGUGUUCAAAGCACAAGACAAGCUGAUUUGGGUCAUGAUGUGGUCACGAACUAGAAAGAGACACAGAUUUAGAGUUCAUGGUUUUAAGGCAAACUGGCACAUCCUCAAAUCUCUGACCUCCAGCACUUGAUCCUUUUUUAAUUUGUUGCUUUCUUCUUUGCUGAGACGAUUCUUUAUUUUCCUCCAUACACGCGAUGGUCAUUCACAGGAUGAGGAGAAUCAAACCCCCCCCCACCCAUCCAAUUUCACACAUGACGAAGCUUUCAUGGCACGGGCCAUUUUGUUGAGAAGAGAAGGCUUGUCUUGUGUGGAUUUGGCCUGUGGAAAAAUUGUUUAUAUUUAGUUACAUCCUUAAGAUAAAAAAAGGACAAAAAGGCAUCAGUGCUCACAGACUGACACACAUACAAACUGCAGACAUCUGAACUCUUCCUUUUCAAUCCUGUAGCAUUAGAUUUAGAGAAUCUAUUUUUUCAUUUUGUUGGAUGGAUAGAAAAGGAGUUUAUUUUUGACCAAAAUAGAAAGAUACAUGAUUUCGAAUUUUAAUAUGUGUUUCUUUUUUUAUCUCAAGCUGGUUAUUUUACCUCAGAGGUUCUUCAGUAUAAGAGAAUUCAAAAAAUGAGUCUUAUGUAUUUGUAUAUUUGUAUAUAUGUGCUGCUGUGACUCAGAUCUGUGUGACCAGGUGGUUUGGUCAGCUUGACUAAUCAGUCGCUCUGCCCUUUGCAGUUGGACCAGCUGGUGGUUGAUGCUGCCAAAGAGAAGAGGGACAUGGAACAGAAACACUCCACCAUUCAGCAAAAGGUAAACGCAGAAUCAUAUUCGCUUAAAUCAACAAAAUGGUACAAAUUAAGGGCAGACUUUCACUUACAAAAUUGAUUCACACAGCUGUGAAUCAAUUUUCUAUAAACAUCAUCCUCCCUGCCUUUGCCCAGUCACCUGAAAACUCAAAAUCUGCUCUUGACUCAUGUGUGGCUACUUCAUAGCAGUUAGAUCCCCUUGCUUUAAGUUACAAAGCCUUUUUUAUUGUAUCCAGACCUCCCUCUAUUAAAGGUAAACACACAGCCCUCUGCUGAGAUCCUGCAUGACCAACCUUCUACCCCAUGGCCUCAUGAACCCUUAACCCUGGAUCACAGAGUGUUUCCCUGCUGAUACCGUCCACCGAUACUCUCUUUUAACAUGGCUUAAGUUCAGGCCACCGUGAAACACUACAGGCGUAGAACAUGAUGUAGUUCACAAGAUAACAUGAUUAGAUUUAAUCAGAGAUUCAUUUAUUUGCUUUUAAUGACACCAUUGCUCAGAAAUAAACUUCCCAGUAUUUACAUGCUGAUGCUAUUGAUUAAACUUGUUAACUCAACGUUUGUCAUUUGAGUGGUGGUAUCCCGCCCUCAGGGGUAAAGUAAUCCCUAUGGAUGAUCUCAGCCACACACACAUGCAUAAUUGAAGGCUGAAAAAAACCCAUUUCCAAACAAGUAAGGUUGGGUUUCAAUGAGAUACCUUCUCUGGUCAGCAUCCAUGCCAUGAGUUACACUUCCUGAUAUACUAUAUACCUCACUGGAAAAGAUGCACCAAACUACAAAGAGAAAAAAGAAGUCUUGAGGUGUUACGUUCCUGUGUAUAUAUGAAAAGUAAAUGCCCUUUGCUUUAAUUUAACGUCACAUGGUUUAAUUAAUAGAAGACGACAUCUGCCAGUUCUCUGCCCAGCUGUUGUCUGCUGGGCUCCUGUUAAUUUGUCUGCCUAUCAGCGACGCUCUUAUCAGUGUCAAACUUUGUGCGAGUUCUUUAAAGUCAGCCUUUUCUUGUCCCCUCUGAUGUUCUUUCCAUCUGUCGCUUGGUGUUUUUCUUUUGCUUGCUGCCUCCCCCACUUCACUCUCCCUCCCCCCUUUGGACCAUCAGUGAUGGUACAUGUGCCAACUUCCCCCUUGUCCUUGAGCACCUAUCCUCCACCUCCCCUGCCUUAAUUUAUCGAGAUGCUAUUUUUAUAUCGUCUGGCUCCCACUGCUCUCUCACUCUCUCGUCUGGCUGCUGUACACUGACUCCUAACCAACUGUCUUUUCUUUUCUUCUACUAUUUCUUCUUCCUCAUAUCUCCUCUUCCUCUACUCUCUUCAGGCUGCUCUUCAGGUGAGUUGCUCUUCCUUUUCUUUUCCCUCACUGUCGUACUUGUGUCCUAUCUGCAUGGUUGGACAGAUACUUCACACUUUCCCAGCACUGCUUAGACUCCACUUCUCUAACUUACAUAAUUUGUGAAGACCUGAACUCAUUAAUCACUAGAUUAAUGUGCCAGGUGUAAUGCCGUAAAAUAAAUCCAAAUUUUAUUUAUGCACUUGUACUUUUUUGCCAUUGAUGUAACCACCUAAAAUGAUUAAUAACUUUCAGACCAUCAUGACUCUGUUGUCUCAUCGCCCUUGAUUUUAUAUACCAAAUCAAGCAGCAUUUUUCUUCUCUCUGUUGGGUUCAAUUAUUUACAGUAAUAUGCUAAUAGAAAUGGAUUUUUAAGGUUAUUUGUAAUUGAAAAUAGUUUAAACAAGUCAAAACUGGAAAAUGGUCUUGUUUUAAGAAAAAUAAAUGCUCAUUUAUACACAGUUUUAAAAAUGUGACAGGGUAUGAUUACCAAAACGGGAACGUUGAUUUAGUUUCAGUAUUUGAUUUGUUUUCUUUUCACUAAUUUCAACUUAAAUGUAGGAUAGUGUAUAUAUGAUUUGCAAACCAUCAACAUUUAGUUUCUAUCAACACUUAACACACUAUCCUGUAUUUUUUUGAGGUUGGGGUUUUUCUUCAGAUGAGCAGGAGGGUAAUUUUUCUUUUCGUGUUUUUCAUUAUGGGUUUAAAUUUCUACCAGUGUGCCGAUAAACAGACGCCUUUUCUUGCUUGUUUAAACAUGCCUAGAUGUUACUUGUGAGAUUGCACAAAUGUUACGUAAAUAAGAUUGAAAAAAGUUCCUCAGGAGUCUUAAACUGAGAAACCAGGUUGAGUUUUAACAUUGUCACUGAAGUAGGUCUAUGUACUGUCUAUGGGGGCUGUAACUGUGGCCUUGUGAGGUCUCUUUGACUAGUUGUAUCACAAACUUGAGACAUGAGUACUUAAUAAUGAGGGCUUAAUAAUGUUUAAUUAUUUCAAACAUCAAGUGAUCCACAUCCACUUUAGUGACUUAGGUCAUUUGACCCAGUAUAAAUUACACAAACUUUGACACACCUGUAAAAUCUAGAUCAUCAGUUACUUGUUGUUAUCAGGUACUUGUUAUGUGAUAAAUAACCAGCUCCUCAUCAUUCAAUAAUACGCUUUUAAACACUAAUUCCUUCAAUUAUUGCCUCCUGUCAUCCUCAUAGAGUUCCAGAGGGUUGUAACUUGUGUUUUGUGUGCUACUAUCUGCCUGUGUGCAUUAUUUAGCAGCAGCACUGUGACCACAAGGCAUGACAGUGCCACAGUGAAGCUGCUGGAGAGAGAGAGAGCGGGGCUGCUGAGUAAGAACAUGUCUUACUCCUAUUUUGGUCCCCUUAUCUUAUAAAUAAAAAUGUAUUUUUCAUUAGUUUUAAAGCUGCUUUGUUGUAAAAAAAAAAAAAAAAGUUGCAUAUUUUUCGAGCAUAGCAAAGCUUGAUUAUUUUAAAGUAAUUCUCACAGGCUGGAAACACAGGAAUGGUGUUUUAAAUGAAAUAAGAGGAAAGUGUCGUUGUGUAUACCUGCUAAGUCAAAUUCAAUUUAAAUGUUUGAUGCUCAAGCUCUUCUUUUUUGUCGACUUGAUUAUUCUGACCUCACAGUUACACAGGCAUCACUCACACUCACAUACGCCCAGGUGACCUCCGGUUAGAGCUUCAGGCCUCAGGAGGAGGAGCAGAGGGAAGUGACGAAAGUUUCUAUAGACAUACACAGCCAUGAGAGAGGAGGUGACAGUUAGUAGAAGGGACAGGCCACGCUGCUCAGAGUCACACAGUUUGUCAUUGAGAUGCUGCUCUGCGAGACUUUGGGAUAAGAAUCAUCAGCGUUACAGAAACACUCACAUGGUGGCUCUUUACAAAGUCUGAAAGAUGAAGAUUUUCAGCAGAUUUCACUAUGUUUGGUAUCUGGUGAGUGCACUUGAAGAGGGAACUCGAGUUGGAUUCUGUGUGUUUGUCUUUGAAAGCGACAGCAUCCUUACGCCUCUGCUAUUUAUAGUAACAGUCUUUGCUUAUGGCGUGUUCCUGUAGCUUGGUAUUUAGAUUCCUCUCUGCUAAAGUAAGGACAAACAAACUUUUCUCUCUUUGUUGUUCUCUUGCUGUGUGUGACAUUUUAGGAGGUGACUGAGCUCGACUCUUCACCAGACUGCCGCAACUUUUGCGCUUGGAGGUCGUCCUCCGUAUGUAGAGUCACUGCAUUGAUUUCCAUCUGACUUCCAUGUUGUAACCCUACCUGCCCCUGUUUUACAUCUCCUCUCCUCCUGCACACACUAAGAGACUGCAUUGCAGUGUUUGUGAAUAUGUUUGCACCCUUGCUUGUUCCCUCAUGUUCAGGUGUCACACAUGCAUCUGUGUUGAUGUGAAUUGAAUUUGCAGCAUGUUUGUAGUGCCAUGUUGUGGGUGCCACUGUCUUCCACAGUGAGCUCAAAUUGCAGGUGUGUGUCAGUUUACUGUUCAUUGCAUUAAGGUUGAUAAUGAAUUUGAUGCUCUUUGGACAUUAGCCAGUUUGGACGUAUUGUUACUGUCAGCGUCAGGCAAACACCAUUGCAUCUUUACAACGUUUAAGGAACUAAGAGCAACAGCACUUGUUGACCACUUCUCUUUUAUAAAUGUAACUGGGUUAAAAAUGCUUCCCUUGGCCCAAGAGGUCAAAGGAAUUUCUCAAACCACAGUUGUGUUGAAAACACCCAGACAGGUUUUCACAUGACAUAUUACCAUUCUUAAGCAUAGCUCUAAAGUUUGGAUUCUCCGUGUUUGUGGGGAUUUUUCUGAUAAUUGUGUUUUAGUUCAUGUGUGGUUGAAAAUACACAAAGCACCCCAGAUCAGUCUUGGUCUCAUGAUGUCCCUGGUGGAAAGUCCUUUGUUUAGUCAGUCACUUUUCAUUUAAUAUUCAACAUAUGUUGCAUAUUUAUUGGCAUAGUUUAUGGCUUUGUGCGACCCAUCUCUCAAAGAUACUUUAACCCCACCUCUGGAAAAUGGUUUAACACUCAUCGCCAAGACUGGUACUUUCCAUUGUGUUUCCAUUUAAAGGUCACAUUUUGUCAUCCUUGUGCACCCAAAAUACAACCCCAGUUGUCCCAGAGUGUGUCAUACUGGAAAAUGGCUUGCCUGUACUUUUGCAAGUGUGAUGUGUGUGUGUGUGCGUGUGCGUGCGUGCGUUCGUGCGUGCGUGCGUGUGUGUGCACUCAGUACACCAUGUUAUCAAAGUGCAAUAGGGUUUAACGCUGUUACACUCAGGGUAUAUUUUCAAAUCCAGCAAUGAGAGGCUUUUUACAUGGACAUGCAGGUAACUUGCAGUCAUGCUUUAUGUGUAAAUAGAGGUAAAUAGAGUUCAUAUAGGGAAUGAUGAUGAAGCAGAGAGCACUGAAGCCAAAAUCGUGCUAAAAAGUUACUGAAAUCAGAAAAAACUGAAGCUGAUUUUACAAGUUUUUAUUUAUGCUACACUGAUAACAGCAAUCAUGCAGUAGAUUAAAGCAUGGCUGCAGAGAAAGCCUGUAAAUCGUCAGUAUUUAAAUACCUAAACCUCUGUCAGUCUGUCCAUCUUACACGUACGUCUACAUACUGAACAUCUAUACUGGCUGGUCGAGGCUGAUUGGUCAAGAGUGGGAGUUGAACAUGCUUUAGAAUAUAAAAGCUUAAUGUGCUACACUGAUCAUAAAUGUUAGCUGCUGCAAGCCCCACUCUCAAAGCUUAGUGCUUUUGGUUUGUUCAAGUGUAUUUUGGGGGUAAAAUAAUGUCCCAAGAACUGAAUUAAGACCUUUUGACUGCACUAUUAGUUUCCCCUUUGCUUUCAUUACUUAAACAAACUUUUUGUUUCCCUUUUGAGAUUUAUCCGAGACAAAAGUAAAAGGCUUUAACGUAAAAUUAACAGACAUUUCAAAGUUUUAAAAUGUGUAUCAGGUAAAUUGAUAAUGUUCAGCUGAUAUGCGUGUAAAGAAACUAUCCCAAAACGACUCUUGACCCUUUACUUUAAUAGAGAUUUUUCAUUCCACGAGGUUUAAGUCACACAGCAUCCAGGAUAUGAGGCUGACAAGAUUUGUGUUAAACUCUUUUUUAAGACAUUUCUUAAAUCAGAGCAACACAUCUGUAUUGGUUUUAUUGUGCCAGGAAAAAGUCAGUUGUCAGACAGAGUCAGACAGAAUCUGGGGAGGUUUCUGGAAGGACGACAGAGGAGACAAUUCCUUGGCUCAUAGUACCAGACUUAGAGCUGUAAAUGAUGAAGGUAGUGACACUCAGUGUAAAUUGACUCUACAAGGACACCCACACACCACACACGUGCACGCAUCAUGGUGUAAAAUGUCACUUUAAGCUGCGAAAGCUAGGAGGGUGUUAGGAAAGUGUGGCAGCGGCUCAGGUAGUUAAAACUGGACCGAUCACAGGGACAGUCCCAUGACAACACAGCAGAUUCAGUUACAGUGGCAGCAGAGGAGAUGAGAGAAAGGCUGCAUGAAAUCUCUACUUUCUCCUUUGAUGACAGUAACUCACUGUCCUAAUAAAGCUGAAUAACUACACCAUCAAACUAAAUAUUCAGCAUGAAGCACUGUAAAUGUAAAUCAAGGUUAAGGUUGUUUGCAAACAUAGAUGUAAUAGAAAAAAGGCAAAGUUUGUUUUCAAAGACUUUACAAAAUCCUAUAAAAUCAAAUAGAUAUAUAAUACACUGAUUCUGGGUUCAUGGACAUUUUUAUGUCUUACAGAUGGGACUGUUUUUGUUUAAAAAUGUUUACCUUAAGCAAAAUACACUCCUGUUGAUAUCUGCAAAAAAGUCCCCAUAUAACAUUCUGUUUUUAAAGUAAAGAAACCUGCGCAAUAACUUGGUGCAAUGUUAGCUGUUUGCCUAAUGAGACAAAAAAAAAUGCAUGUACCUGUUUGUUGCUCUGGAUUGAUGUAUGUUUGAUACUGAUCUAUACUUGUUCCUGGAAUAUAUUUCCUUACCUAAACCACCAAGUAAGUUCACUUGGGCAACACACUGUAUAAUCUACUCACACUAGUUGUUUAGUUAUUUAGAGUUGUCAGUGUAACUCAGCUAUAAACUUCACCCGUCUGAAGCAGGUACUGCCAAACGGGAAAAUAAACUCAAUGGGUUGAGUCAAAUAAUCAAAGCCCAACUGUGUGAAUAGUCAUAUCAUUUUUAUUUGUUGAUUCUGAGGAUGAAAGGAAACCAAGAAAAUUACAGUAUUACAAGAAUUGAGUUUAUUAUUGAAUGUUUUAUUCUAACAUCAUAUUUCUUGUUUUUGUCUUUUUCUUUCCUCUCUCCUGUGUCUUCACUCCUACUUUUCUAUUCAGGACUUCUCAAAUGACGACACCAAGCUGGAGUAUAAUGUUGAUGCAGACAACGGCAUCGCCAUGGAGGGUUAUCUGUUUAAGAGGGCCAGCAAUGCAUUCAAGACAUGGAAUAGGUGUGAUGAACACAUGAUUGAUUAACAUUCAGAUUCUAGUUUAUGUUCAAGAAAAACAUGAAAGUGUAUGAUAAAAAGUUAUAGGUACUUUGCAUUUCAAACUUUAGCAAGUUUCAUAAGAAAUGUUUAAAAGACUUUCAUAAAUAGAUGAUUAAAUUGUUGUAGUUUUGUAAUGCAGGUAAUCAGGACACUGUAGUGUGACUGCUUUAAAAUCAUAUCCCUCUAAAUAAACGUAUCUACUCAUCAGUUAUCUCUAUAAACAGUACCAUCACUUGAUUCUCACGGAAUUUGUGCCAAAGACGGUUAUUUUGAGGGUAUUUCCGGCAACUGCAUGUGACUGAGUUUUCUUGCUUUCAGGCGUUGGUUCUCCAUCCAGAACAAUCAGCUAGUUUACCAGAAGAAAUUCAAGGUAAGUCAAGUGACUCCCCACACACUCACCGCUAUCAAAAAUGCAUGUGUUUGACUUCCAGCACAAAUAUCCCCACCCCAUGUAUUUUUAACAGUCUGCUGUGGCUUCAUUUAAGAGCUCUGGUUACCAGCUUAAAUCUUUAACAAUGUGAUGAACUCCGACUGUGUGUAAAAAUGUGUUUAUUUUUGUGACAUGCAGGUCUUUUAUUUUGAAAAAUUUAAAGUUGAGAUAAUACACUUUAGAAGUUGAAAAUGUGAAUUACAGAAGAUGCUUCUUAACCCUCCUCCUGUGUUAGGGUCUGCACCGACCCGUUUUUGUAUUUAAAUGCUUAAAAGAACCACUUAAAUUAGCUUUUUUUGCAUGAAGACUUUUUGACUAAAUUAUUAAAUGCUCUAAUUGAAAUUAUGGCACUUGUCGUGUUAGAGUCACUGUUGUCCCGGUUAGAUCAAAAAUCAAUAGUUAGAGCAAAAAUUAAAAUCAUUUGUGCACUGUCAGGCAACACAUUGACAGUCAGAUCCUCUUCCAAUCAUGUGAGAUUUAGGAAAUUCUCAUUUUUCCAUGUUUUUCCCUGCACAAACAAACAACAUUGGACUUGUCCAGACCUGUGAGAUCAAUUCGGUAUGGAUUUCUGUCUGAGGGGUAUACUGACAAAGAAAGGCCCAGAGGCCCACAACAAAAACUAUCAUAAGCAAUAUUUUCAUAGAUAAUGAAGCCUAACAAGGUAACCUGGAGAUGAGAACCAAAUUGUAUGAGAGAGAAAUGUUUUUAGUGUAGUUUGCAUAUGAUUUAAGACAUGGUUCGAAACUGACCCGUAAAUAUAGUGGAUGUUAUGCAAAUAAUUUAACUGAGGAACUAGUGGAACACAUUUUUCACUGGCAACAUGCCUAAGCCUAACAGAAAAAGAGGAUGUACAAAGCUAUUUAGAAUAAUAGAUGAAGGCAUUGAUUUUUUUAAUACUAAAGUUAUAACUGGCCGGUUUAUUUUAGUCAGUAAUGAUUGGAGUGUUGUGCUUUUAAUGCUAUUUUCACCACUGCCUAACAUACACAUCACCUAAGUUAAACUCCCCUACCUGCUCAAUGUAAAUACUUCAAUUAUUUUAAGUGAGAUAUUGUAGUUCUGUAAAUGUUCAUGAAUCCUUUGUUUCUUUUCAAUAUGUUAUCAGAUAAAACGUCCUUGUUCAGUACUUGUUUCCUUCGUGUAUCUACCGUUUACUCUCUUCCAUUAGGAUAAUCCUACAGUGGUAGUGGAAGACCUGAGGCUAUGUACAGUCAAACACUGUGAGGACAUAGAGCGUCGCUUCUGUUUCGAAGUGGUGUCACCCACCAAGUAAGUGUGAUCCUCUGAGGUACCCAUUUCCAUCAGUCAAAUCAGCACUUGAGUAUGCAAAGUGGGAAGGUGGAGAAGCACUGUACCCACCUUUUACUCACAUGUACACACUUAAACGCAGAAGACAGCAGUUCAUGUGACGUAUCUGUGUCUCAUCAGGAGCUGUAUGAUGCAAGCAGACUCCGAGAAACUGCGACAGGCGUGGAUCAAAGCCGUCCAGACCAGCAUUGCCACAGCCUUCAGAGACAAGGGAGACGAGGGAGAGGUAAUAACCCGAUACAACGAGGCUAAUUAGGCAGUUAAAGACUUUCACACCAUCAUUAUAUAAGAUAACUGUUAAUAGAAGCAUGUGUUGAACCUGUUUGUUUACUUGACACCAGUUUCCUUUCCUCUGGUUUAUCUUUAUUGUCUCUGUUUAAUUUUUCCCAUGAGGAAGGCUGUUGGUUUUGCAGCCCCAGUUACACAACAGGGAUCAAGUUCCAUUUAUUUUCAUUUCAUGCCUUUUCAUCUUAAUGAAUCUUUAAAAUCCCUCUGGGUGUUUGUGCUUUCUCUCCUGACUCAUGUCAGAAACUGGACAGGAAGUCCUCCACAUCAACAGGGAGCUUGGACUCCGGUGGGGAGCCGAAGGAGAGAUCACUGAAAGGAGAGAGUGCCCUGCAGAAAGUCCUGGCCAUCCCGGGAAAUGCCGGUUGCUGUGACUGUGGCCAGCCGGACCCUCGCUGGGCCAGCAUCAAUCUGGGCAUCACCCUCUGUAUACAGUGCUCUGGUAUCCACAGGUGAAGAACUGCACUGUGUCUUUAGCAAUCAUUGGAAAUUAAAACAAAGAGAUAAAUUAAACCACUCUGUGAAGUGAUGAAAUGAUCUCUUUCUCUCUCAUUGAUCAUGUACUUAUUACAGACUAACUGUAGAACUGUUAGGAUACUGCAUGUGGAUUUGGAAACCAGAUUCUCUCAGACUGGGUUUUUCUCAUCAGUGCUUAGACCAGAAAUGGCAGAUUUCAAGUUCCACCUUGUGGCUAAACCCUAAACUACACUUACAAAAGUUAAAACUGUGUUUAUCUUCAAGACUUUCCAUUCAUCAAAACUUUGGAGCGCUUAUAAAUCAAACCAUCACAAGUCAUGUAUUUGUUGGAUUUUCUUAUUUCACCUGCAGGAGUCUGGGAGUGCAUUUCUCUAAGGUUCGGUCGUUGACUUUGGAUACAUGGGAGCCAGAACUUCUGAAGGUGAGUGUGGAGGAGCCGAUGUUCCUAUUUUUGAUUCAAAUAAAGGAGCGCUCCAUUUCUUUUCUCUACAUUUACAUAAGUUAGAUUUUUAUUCGCUCUCUUUCAUGCCUGACUAGAGCUAGGGAAGAUGCAGUCUCGUACUACAGUUUUAGUGGUUGUUAGUUCUUACGUGUUCAUGAUUAAUGGUUUUUCUUCUUUUCACAGUUGAUGUGCGAACUGGGAAAUGGAGUGAUCAAUCAGAUUUAUGAGGCCCGGCGAGAGGAGCUGGGAGCCAGGAAACCACAGCCGGGAGAUCCAAGGUAUGGAACUCACGGAAAGCAAAUCUGUACUUCAUACCAGGAGAUCUUGAUGUGUAAAAAGCUCAACUUUUAGACUAUGAUUUUGAAAAAAGAGGCAUUCAGUUUAAUAAUGAGAAUCAGCUUACAUUCUUCUACUUGGUUACAAAAAUCACCCGGUGCAUCUUGUUCAAACAGACACGAGGUGGAGGCCUACAUCAAAGCCAAAUACGUGGACCGGCGUUUUGUCCGUCGGCCGUCAGACGAGGAGCUUCGAAACAAAGUGGUUUCUUUGAGCAAACAGGAGAAGAGGCUGAGCAGCAGCUCUGAGCACCUGCCUCCAAGACCGCCGCCGCCCACCCCAAAACUCCGACCUGGGUCGAACGCCUCUGGACAGUCAGGUCAGCAGAAAAAAAAAAGAUAACAACCUUUUGGAGGUUUCCUUUCCUUCAUUUCUGAACUUACUGAUAGAAAGAUGAUUCACAGACUUCAAACACUCUGAGGUGUUGUCAUGACCAGGAUGGUGUUCAGCUUUCAUACAAACAAGAGCAGGAGAAUAUGUUUUAUAAUAAGUGGAAGUGGAAUAAGUUAUUAUUUCAAAAAAGUCAGAUAUUUAAAGCCAUACAUCAUUUUUAAGGGUUCAGGGGUUUUAGCAGCGUCUGUUUUGAACCAUUUGGAAACAGCGCUGGCUCAAAAGCUGGUGUCAUUCGUGAUCUUGGUUGCUUUUUUCUAUCCUCCGCUCUCAGUGCAGAAGAGAAGUGUCCACACAUCAACAUCUCGUAUGUUGUCUGUGAACGGCGUAUGUCCUAGCCCUCUCUGCCUCCCAUUGCUUCUUGUAGUCUGUCUCUUCUAGUGUUGACUGAGCUUGUAGUCUAAUUAUCUCUGCUUCUGCCCUCCUCUGCUCUCCUUCCUCACUCUCUCUUUUUCUAUCCUCCUGUGGCUGCUCUGUGCUUCUGGACUAACCCGUACUCCCUAACUCCACCACCACCACCUCCUCCUGAAACAUAUUUAAAACCCCUCACCUUCCUAUUUCCAAACUCCCUUCAACCCUAACGUAGCUGUUGCCAGCGGCUUGGAGGUCCGCCGCGACUCUCUCUUCUGUCCUGACGAGCUUGACUCGCUCUUCUCCUACUUUGACAACUCCUCCAAGCUCAGGAGCAGUAAGUACUAAAUGCUUAGUGUUUUGCUUGCUCCUUCUUCACCUCUGUCUUUCUUUGUUUGCUGCUUUGGGCUGUGGACUAAAAUUCCUUCAUCCUCUCUUUGGUUCCUUCAUCUAAUUCUUUUUGUGGAGAUCAUCCUGUCAAAUGAAAAGCACCGCAGAGUGUACCAUCUUUGUCUUUCUUCAGGGGUGGGAUAUUUGCCUCACAAACAUGGUUCUGAUCAGUGUCUGGUAUUUUUAUUUCUAUCUGUCACAUUUUCCUUUCUGUGUGUAGGGACCUGAAACCUAAGGUGAUGGUGGUGACGGAGUUUUGUGUGUGUAUAUACGCUGUAAAAAAAUAUUAGGAUCACCUGCUGUGUUAAAGAUAAAGAACAUCAGCUCUUGAAAGCGAGUCGAAACGUGUCGAAUAACUGCAAGGUAGUUAACAAGGUGACUGUACAUCAUCAUCUGCCAACAGACUUUCUCUUUUUUCCAUAAAACCCAAUCAGGAAGGUGUUCCUCGUAUUUUAAUCACACACCGGGAUCCAUUUGUGUCGUCUUGUACAAGCAGAGAUUCAGACUCUUUGUUGCUGUUUUUUUUUUAGUAAAAAGCGCUGACAGCGGCAUCCAGAACAGCGCUGAUGGAAGCAGGGAGAUGCUGGCCAACACCCCCUCCAAUAACAGCCUGGCAGAUGCAGGUAAGACACAGUCGCUUCUGCACGACACGUCUCCAUCAGAGAAAGAGAAACAAAGCAUCAUGCACAGGCACAAAACAGAAAAAAAGGGACAUGCUAGGGCCCGACUGAUAUGGAUUUUUUGCCGUUACCGAUUAUUAGGGGGGGAAAAAAUCAGAUUACUGAUUAAUCAGCCAAUUUUUUAAAUUUUUUAUUAAGUUAUGAAAAAUAAAUAUAUACUGCAGAUAUGUACAGUAUACUAUAUACUGUAGACUACUGCCCUUCACGCUGACAGGAAGACCCCCCCGCUGCUGCCACCGCCGACGAUCGGUGCCUCCACGUCUUAACUCAUGUUACACAUAUUGUAUUACACUUUAGCUUGCAUAUUACAUGGUGAUUCACCAUGAACUCGGCAUGACCGAGACCGGUACAGCAGGGAACAUCGUAAAGUGGGUUGAACUGAAACUUGUUGAAUUAUUGUGUGUUUCACAAACUGGUUUAUUUACCGUCGUGCGUCCCUGAGCUGCCUGCUUCAGAUCCGUCACUCUGUUGUGCUGUGAGGUAGUUAGUGGAUGAAGAUUGUCAUGAGGUCACUGCGCCAUCUACAGGAUAAGUUGGUGGAUCUUUUCAAAUGGCCGAACAUUUUCAAAGUGAAACCAAAUCUUAUUCUCCACAUUUUAUAUCUGAAAAUAUCAGCGUAAAUCGUCGUUUUUUGGCCGAUUAACGAUAAGUCUCAAACGGGCUAAAAUUGGCCUAUUUAAUUGGCUCGCCGAUAAAUCGGUCAGGCCCUAAUGCUUUUUGCACACAUGAAUGUUAUAAAUGAUGCCUUUCUCUGUGCCUGUGCAAGAAUUAGAGAAAGAUGGCUUAUUGUUGGACACUUAUAUUUGAACCUAAGCUGGUAGGUCUUCAAGGCCGAUUCAAAAAAUAAAGUUUUCUGGUAGAAAAUUCCUCUAGUAUAAAUGUCUGCUACCCAUAUUGUGGGUAGCAGAGGAGCUGAAGAGUGUUGUCCAGUGAAUCAUAAAAACUUGAGACAGCAGGGUUCUCAUUUUUUAAGCCUGGAAGGUUUGGAUCCUGAUGAAAUCAGUGCUGCAUCACACAAACACCUUUUGUUUUAUUUUAGAUGUUGUCGCAUUUAUCGCUGAUAAAAAAGGUGCAAAUGACGUGAUGUUAAAAAGGUCUCUCUGCUUAACUCACGUCUCUUUCCUUCUUUGUUUUAGAAGCCGCUGAAUCUCCGCCCAUGCCCAUGCCUGCCACACUGCCUCCACCGUCCCCCUGUAAAGAGGUGGUGUUCUACGAGCCUAAAGAGUACAGCCCAGGUCUGCAGCUCUACUGGGCUUCAUGUGCUCGCAGCCUGCCGGACAUGGCUGAGGCACUGGCCCAUGGAGCCGAGGUCAACUGGGUCAACACCGAAGAUGACAAGAGGACACCUCUUAUCAUGGCGGUGCAGGGGGUGAGUGCUGCUACACUUAGUUUUUCAGACCCUCUUAGGAUAAAUAAAUCCUUGUUCAUUGUGUAACUUUUUAAAUUGAAUUUCAGGGUUCACUGGUCACCUGUGAGUUCUUGCUCCAAAAUGCAGCUAAUGUUAACCAACAGGACGCCCAGGGACGGGGACCUCUCCACCACGCCACCAUGCUGGGACACACAGGGUUUGUCUGACAUGUUGAAUAUAAUUAAUCAUAAUCUUGAUUUAAUUUUGAAGCAUGUGAAGUAAGUAUCUUGUUUUUUUUUUCUCCUAUUUCAGGCAGGUGUGUUUAUUCUUAAAAAGAGGAGCAAAUCAAAAUGCUGCAGACAUCGACGAGAAAACACCCCUGACGAUAGCAGUGGAGGCAGCCAACGCAGACAUUGUCACUCUGUGAGUGUUUUUCUGGCAACAUUAGUUUCUGUCUAGUUCAAGAAAUCACCGUUUAAUGAUGUGUAUGUUUUGUCGGUAUGGAUGGUGUGAAAUGUUAAGAUCUGUAAAAUGUGAUUGACUCUGAAUUUGAAGCUAAUUACCAUAUUUUUCACACUAUAAGGCACACCUGAUUAUAAGGCGCACCAUCAAUGAACGCGUCUAUUCGUGUCUAUUUUAGGAUAGGAUUUUAGGAUUUUAAGUGCGGCUUAAAGUGCGAAAAAUACGGUAUUUUGAUCAUUUUCAAGGGACUAAAAAAACGUUGAGGAAAAUAGGGGACAUCCAAUUACUGGCUGUAUCUCCUUUAGUUAGAAUAACCCGUAACUUUGCAUUUGCUCAUCUUUCCCCAGGCUGCGACUGGCCAAGAUGAACGAGGAGAUGCGAGAGGCGGAGGGGCCCUACAGUCAGUCAGGUCAAUAUAACACCAACAGCCCUACAGAGAUGCAGUACAGAAAAUGCAUGCAGGAGUUUAUUAGCCUGCAGCUGGAUGAAACUUAAUAAAUGUCUGAUGUCAUAACAAACAGGAGCAACACGCGGUUCAACCUCACUCAUCACAGGGACUGAGAAAUCUGAUUUCAGGGGUCAGAAUAUUGAAAAAGUGCAAAUCAAAGCUGGAAUAAGCACAGACAGUUUUUGUCAGCAGUUAAUUUGCAGAUUAUUUGUAACUUUUUAAUGAAGCGACCUCUCUGUGAGUGUAAAUAACAUCUUGUUGGGUUAGAGUGAGUGGAGUCCAUCUGUGUCGGUGUUGCUCCUGUUUCCUGCUGUACUGUAAGUUCACCUCCAGCUCCUGCUGCAUGCUGGGCCAGCUAGACCGUGAUGUGGUCCAACAUCAGGUGUUAGACUGUAUGAAGGUGUGAAAGGGUUAAAGCCAUCACCUCUGGACGGUACUGAAGAGUUUUGUUCCAAAGCGGAACAUCAACAUGAUUUUUCAAAAGUGACUGUUUCUGAUUUACAUUAACUGAUAGCACAAAAUCAAAGGAAAGCGUCACUUUGUACUAGACGGCCUGUUCUUCCUCCCUUUAAGUUCGGAUCCUACUUGGACAGAUUCCCUCUCUGUAAGAGGCGGUCUUUGAGAACGUUCGGGGAUAGAUAACUUUCCUUUUCUACUGGUAUUAUACUGUAUCUGUUAUUAAAUAGCAAAAAAUAGCUACCCAGUUACUGCCACCAGUAUCCAGUGACAUUCGGACCUCAGAGAUGUGGAAAGUUUCACUAUCUGGCAAUAAUUGUGACUUCUGAAUGAUGUUUUAUUUUUUAAUCAUCUGAUCUGUCUGGAGAGGUACAGUUAGCGUCCACAAAUCGCCAAGUUUCAUUUCAAAUUGACUUGUGAGAAGUAUUUUAUGCACAUUCCUUUCAAUGGUUAUGCAACGACUGUACCUUUUUCCUUCGAUUGUACGGUUCUCAUUUGAAGUCUUAAACGUGUUCGAGGCCUGUUUACUUCUUUCAACUGUUUUUAUGUUCAAACAUGAUGCAUCUUGCUGUUGUGACAUGCCUGAUCAGAAAAAAAAAAGUCUAUUUUAGAGCAGUUCUCUUUUAUAAGAAUACAUGUAGGAAACAUGAAACGAGUAUUACUACUGUAAAUGUUGUACAUGAUGUGCAGACAUACAUGUUUAUAUAGCCUCACAGAAUCAGCAGAGUUGGGAGUGCCAUGAGGGGGCUCUGUGUUCACGUCCUUGCUUUCAUCAUUGUUGAUUGUGUGGUAUUUACUCUGUUAUGAAAAUAACGUGUCUUGGAUAUUUGUCAGUUCAAUGUACAGUGUGCGUUAUCACGGGAGAUCCUGAAUUGUAAGAUGACGGAGGCGUGUUAGUGCCAUCACAUUGAUUGUAUUGAAUGUUACUGGGUUUUACGCAAAUAUCGACAUGAUCAAGAACAAAAGUGCAAUAGUGUAGACAAAUGUAACCAUGUAUAGAGCGUAAUCAUCCGUUAGUCCUAGCUGAUGUUAAACCUUAUCAUAUAUGAGCUUUACAUUCAGUGAUGUAGACACUGGGAGCAGGAUUAAAGAGCUCAGUGUACCGAUAGUUGAACGAAGCAUCCUGCCCCAGUUUUGUCCUUUCUCCACUCCAUUCAGCUCCAAAUCAAGUGAGGGCACCAAAGCACUUUGAUUCAACACUUCGUUCUACUUAUUCUCAUUGACAGAUCAGAUCGUUGUGUUUCAGACGGCUUGUUAGUGCGGGGAUGAAUUCAGUGGUUAAGAUAGAGAUUGUUCUGCGAAUAUGUCCACAGUUAGAGUUGUGUCUUGUAGAGUAGAAGCUGAGGGCUUUCACAGAUUGUAAGAAAAAGGGACUCGUGCAUAUAUGUUUGGGGCUGUCUUCACAAUUGUCCAUUUGAUGUUGAAGAAUUAAGCAUCUUCUAAUGAGGGCUAUAUGUGCUGCUUCUACAGUAGCCAGACUGUUAUUAGCCUGAGCACUGCUUUAAAAAAAGGGGGUCAAAUCCUCUUCUUUAAAGCAAGUCAGGAAUGUUUGGACCUGAAUGACAAAGAAUGACAUUUAAUUGUUCUUUUCUAUGUAUUUAUUUGCUUUAGUGUGUGCAAUAGCCGUGGAUAAAGAGUUGGAUAAUAACUGAUGCUGGCUGUUGUUGUCUUAAAGGUCAACAGCAGACACACGAAGCACUGUUAAUGAGAGGAGAGAAGGAGAUUUAUAGGAGCAGAGGAGAGUCAGAAGUACCUCUGAAGGAUCAUCAUGCUGCCUGGUUUUGGGAGAUUUGUUCGUUAUGAAGUAACACACUUGAUAGUCUCUUCAAUCGGCUCGUCCAGUCAGUGUUUGAGGGGAGGAUUUUAAUAGGGGUAUUAAACAGCAAUUAAAUCUUAAAAAAAACCAACCUCAAGUCCCAUCAAACUGCAGUUUAAUUCAAGUGUUUUUUGAAGUCAGAAUUGAAACCUUGAUUUAUAAAAUAGCCAGAGGGUUUUGUAUUUUUUUUUUUAAACAUAAUAUUUUAAUAUUUUUCAUAUAUGUGUUGUUUUUAAUUCUGUUUUGUCUUCUGCAGUCUUUUAAAACUCAAAAAGUUAAAGAAAAACAGAUUGUUAACUGCCUCUCUGGUGUAAGAGGAAGCUCUCUCUCUCUCUCUCUCUCCUUUACAAUGCUCUUUUCUUCUUCCUCCUCUUGUAAAGUCACUGUUCUUUAUUUAUUCCUUUCUCUUCUCCUCCCCAGAGUUUGUGCCUUUCUUCUGUUCUCUUUGUUUUUCUUUGGGGGUGCUGAGGCCAACACAACUGUAUUUUUGUACAUAAACUCCUGCACUUUAAACACAAUACAGUUGUUAACAAAAAACGAUCUCUGUGGGCUUGUCUUUGAUUUACGAGUCUUUUUCUUGUUUCUGACGGUUUAUUCGCAAGCAUUUUCCUUUUUACUCCUCCUUUUAUUUCUCUUAUUUUCUGCCUCUCUGUUCUGUUUUGUGUUUCGAGCUUCGCUGACACUGACAGGUAUGGCCGAUUUUUCUUUUCAUUCUUACUCUGAUGAUCUGUCCCUUUGCAUGAGCCCUGCACUCCUGGUAUUUUUAUCCUGCUUUACACCUGCAUAAUGAGGCUUAAAUCAUCUGUUUGUGACACAGUUUAAGUCCCAGUGACUGUAGAAAUACUUUAACUUGUUUGUUGCAUUUCUAUCUAAAAACGAGAGGACGAACACUGAGUCCUUUGUGAACAGUUUUAGUGAAACAAGCAGAUUUAUUAAAUGUCUAAUCUUUUCUUUACUACAAACUAGUAUCUGUUUUUAGAUGGUAUUAAUUUGGCAUUCAUGUCCAGUCUCAGUGGUUCAAAAUCAAGUAAUAUUUACGUAUAUUAAAGCACCUUUAAACCUUUUACCGUGUAUGUCAUAAGGCCCUUGUGUUGCAGAUGUUACCUUUAAAUCGUUGCCUGUGUUGUCUAACUCUUGCACCAUGUUUCUCUUGCAGGAGAUGAAACCUACCAGGAUAUUUUCCAGGACUUCACCCACAUGGCCUCAAACGACCCCGACAAGCUGAACCGCUACCAGCAGUACGAUCCGCAAAGACCCUGACACAGCGACAACACUGUCCACUAGCUCUCAGAGACACUGUGUACUUAGCCCAAAAGAGACAAAGAUGUCCCAAUUAACAUCCUCCACUUUACCUUCACAGUCAGUGAUCAUCAAAGUAGGUCGGUGCUGCCACAGCUGGAUUCAGAUCACCGCGUUUAACACAGACAAAGCUCCCUUUGGUGAAAUCUUUCCCUGUUAAUCACAUUUCACUCCUGUUAAGGGGAAACUUCUGUGAACAGAUAACCUCAAAGCUGUGCUUCCAGUGCGACCUGUUAGUGAAUGGUACAGUGUUUCGAGCCGUGAAAUAAUCACCUGAUCUCAGCCUGAAUGUGGAGCUUCUUUCAAGGCUGUCUCUUAUUUUGAUCAAACCUCAUCUUUGUAUCUUCCUGACCGAAGACAUCCAAAGAUUAGUGUCGGAGCUUUUUAAAAACAAAUAUGAGCACAUGUUGGACUCUUGAGAAAUUCAUUUCAAUUUUUAAAUGUUUUGUCUUUUUAAUAGGAUUCUCUUUUUGAACAUAGGCAAAUGCUACAGGAUCUUUUUUUGUAAGGAAGUUCUUCUUCAUCACUUUCUGCAGCCUAUAUAUGACAAUGUAAUUUUACUUAUUUGCACAAAUCCCUUUGUCUUAAAUCACCACUGAUGUUUACCAGUUAUGAUGGUAAAUCCUGUGUCAUGUUCAGCAGUGUAUAGUGAUCACAGAGGCAAAUAUGUUAUUGAUGAUUUUUUUUAAACGUUAAAAAGAAGCAAUUUUGAUUUUUUUAAGGCUUGUUAUUACAGAACAAAGUUCUCUGAAUGAUUAAAAGUUUCCAUGUUGUGGUCACAUCAGUACUGAAAGUACAUGUCAGUUAUGCAAACGGUGCUGCAGUGUUGUGAUUGUGCAGAAUCGGCGUCAGUCUUAUUACAAAGUUAGAAACCAGUCACAUAAACCUACAUCUAUAUAUAAUGUUUUUAAAAAAUUAGAGUUACGUUGAGUCCAGAAAUAUCAGUAACACUGUAUUUCAAAAGGUUGUAAAGUCCAGUUUCAUAAAGGGAUAUUUAAUUUGAAUUCAUUUUUAGGUAAUUUAAGAUCUUCCAUUUUAUCCUGUUCAAAUUACUUUAGUACAAUUGGUUUAAUAUUGGACAUUUAUUGUAGAUUUGAUCCUCUUUACAAACUGCACACAGUAUGUAAAGUGUCUGAUGACAUGAGAAAAAUGAGUGGAAAUCCCUCUAUCAUUUCGAUUAUAAUUUUCAGCUGGUGUUUGGUCGUUAAAAAACAUUUUGACUUAAUUUAGACACCAUCAGACAACUUUCAUGAAAUAUUCAAGUCCAGACAUGAAUUUAGCAGAUUUCAUGAUAGUACUACCAUGAUUGAUUUUAGCCUUUAAAAACUGUAAAACCAUUACCUUUCUGUAACAUGAACAGUAUAUCAUAAAAUAUGGUGUAAAGUGCAGAGGAAACUUAGCUGUUGCAGCAUGGGAUACAACUCUUGUACAUUUUGUACAGAUAUUUUUGAAAUCUUUGGAGAAAGUGAAGUAUAAAGUUAGUGGUACUUGAAUCAUUUAUAAGCUUUUGUACAUGCUGUUCUUCAUAUUCUUUGGUGGUCUUAACCCAUUUUAUAUUGUUUAUCUGUAUACCAGUAUACAUGUACUGUAUAUCCUACCUGUACUAUGUAAAACUUCAAUACAUUUGGACUGAGGAGUCA